AAAAUCGACCUUGUCUGGUGAGGCAUUCAGUUCAAAGAAGAACUCUUCUGAAAGAAUGCAUCGCUGAAACGAUCCCGACUUGUGGUGUAAAUAUGGCAGUUAGAGAACUUCUUCUCCUUUGGGGAAUUUUCCAUGUAGGAGAAGGUAUAUUCUUUGACCCGCCAGGUGUAAAUGAGGACAACAAAAAACCCGGCCGUUGUGUGUGGUGGGCGGGGCUAAGUUGUAGUGAUCCAGGUGCGGAUUGUAACAGCGACGCCGACUGCCGCGGGGAUUUAAAGUGUUGUAUAUAUAGCUGUGGCAAGUACUACUGCGCAGCAUCGGUACCCAGUCUAAACGACCCCUGUGAAAGAUACAAAUGUAGAUAUCAGGGCGAAGUAUGCGUGACCGACUCGAGAAAUGUCCCGCGCUGUGUGUGUCCGCCCGGAUGUCCACCGGCCGAGGUGUCUCAGCGAGUCUGCGCCUCGGACGGCCUCACCUACCCGAGUGUGUGCGAGAUGCACCGAACCGCAUGUAGCCUUGGCAUAAGCAUCCAGGCGAAAUAUCGUGGGUCCUGCCGAAUCGACGGGGGAGUUUCUCCGAGCCUCUCUAAAAGUAAGAAUCACCGGGAUAUCCAAACAUUGGAAGCCGGAAAACCAGGAUUGCUUACGUGCCUAUUCGACGGUUCACCUCGAUCUAUAGUAUGGAGCAAAGACGAUUCUCCUAGCCUUCCAUCGCACAUGACCGCAAACGGAAAUACGCUGACUAUCUCCAGCGUGCAGGCUCAAGAUCAGGGCUCUUACGAGUGCAUGGCUACUGACGAGUUCAACUCCGUGGCAGCCAAAGUCUCCCUUAGGAUUCUGGGCUCCACUCCAGCUCCUACCACAGGAAUACCGGUACUUGGCCGUGGCCUCCCUGCAAGAUGCUUACUGCGCAGUCGCACGGGUAGCUGUUCAAGAUUCACCGUCCGAUGGUUUUACGACACGAACCGAGGCAAAUGUGCUCCAUUUGUGUACACUGGCUGUGGGGGAAACGAGAACAAUUUCAUGAAUGAACAAAAGUGUCUGGAAACAUGCAGAGAAAAAGCAACAGACAACAGAAUAUGCCCGAAGGUGACUCCACCCGAUAGAUGCCCUUCUGGUGCAUCAGACCAGUGUGCCAGCGAUAGCGACUGUCAAACGGGCCUCAAGUGCUGCUCAAGUGGCUGCAUUCUCACGUGCACCCAGCCCGUGCUUCCUGCCAAGCCCGGCACGUGCCCGCCUGUCAAUGAUGACAUCAGAUGUAACGGCGACCCUCCACAUGAGUGCAGCUCUGAUCACGACUGUCAAGGCGACCUCAAGUGCUGUAUGUGGGGCUGCUAUCGAACUUGCGUCAAUCCAGAUGGACGAGGAAUACGGUGCAAAUCGAUAGUGGACCUGGCGUUUCUGCUCGACUCGUCUGGCAGCAUCCGAAGACGUCACUGGUCUGUCAUGCUGAACUUUUUCAAGAAGGUCGUAGAUGCGAUAGGCGUGUCUGAGUCCGGUAGUCACGUGGCUUCUAUCUCCUACUCUACCGGGGCUGUGGUCGACUUCAAGUUCAACACGCUCAAGGGGAAGGAUCUGAAUCCUACAGGCAUCAAGAAGCUGAUCAGCACUAUUCGUCACCAGAGGGGAUUCACGUUUAUUGAUAAGUCGCUGAAGCUCGCUGACACUCAGGUGUUCACUACAGACGCGGGCAUGAGGGACUCUGUCAAAAAGAUCGCUUUCCUUCUGACUGAUGGCCACCAAACCACCAGCAGAGGGCCCUUCACCCCGCUUGCUGAGGCGUCCAAGUCACUGAAGGACAAGGGUGUGGAAGUGUGGUCCAUCGGAAUUGGGAGAUCAUUCGACAUGCAGGAGCUUCGAGACAUCGCGUCCACACCAGAAAAUGUACUCACUGUGAAGAGCUUCAGCGAUCUCGACAGUAUAUACAUGAAACUAGAGAAAGCAAUCUGCGAAGAACCCAAACUGACCAAGUGUCAGACGGAGUAUCGUGACGCCCUCAAAACUCCAGGUGCUAUCGCCCCACGGUGUAGAUACGACGGUAGCUAUGACAGCGUGCAGUGCCAGGGCCGAGUUUGCUACUGUGUGGAUAGCAACGGAAAGGAAAUACGCAACACUCGCGCUCGCGUUGAGUCGGGGCGACCACAAUGCACUGCGGCAGCCAACACUCUGACAGCCUGUCAGAAGGCUUACAAGUUCGCUGUCGAGAAAAACGUCAUCGGAGGAUAUAUCCCGAGAUGCAAAGCAGAUGGGCGUUACGAGGAAGUGCAGUGUGAGGGAAGGACUCAUUCCUGCUGGUGCGUGGACAACCAGGGACGCGAAAUUAUAGGGACAAGAACGCAAGGAACAUUAGUGUGCCCUCAUCCAGACGAAAAACAAACACCAUGCCAAAAGCGUUACAUCAGUCUGUCACGCAACCCCGUACUUGGGCAGUACAUCCCAUGGUGCAAUGCGCGUGGAGAGUUCGAAUGGAUGCAGUGUUAUGGGUCUUACUGCUUCUGCGUGGAUCGUGACGGGAACGAGCUACGAGGAACGCGAUUGGACAAUAACGCUGGUAGACCAGCAUGCACGGCGCGAGGCGGUGUCUUGACUCCGUGUCAGCGGCGUUACCAAGAAGCCACCUCGUCUCCAGUCCCAGGGUCCUUUGCGCCCAGGUGUCGCGCGGAUGGUAGUUUUGAGGAGGUACAAUGUCACAAGUCUCAGGGCUACUGCUGGUGCGUGGACCAGUUCGGCAACGAGAUUCCGCGCACGCGCAGCAUCAAGCCAGUCCGCUGCCCAAGUCUCGGCGGGGCCGUACCCACGUGCUGGCAGCAGUACCAGAGCGCCCUCAGGAACUACGUGCCAGGACGCUUCGUACCCUGGUGCAACUACAACGGCAACUUCCGCGAGGUGCAGUGCCACGGCAGCUUCUGCUUCUGCGUCAACAGGGACGGACAGGAGAUCCAGGGCACCAGGACCUACUCCUACACAGGGUUACCGCGAUGUACUCAUACAGGUGGUAGCCUGACCCGCUGUCAGCAAAAGUACUGGGAAGCAGUGUCCAACCCCCGGCCCGAACAGCACGUCCCUCGAUGCACAAACCUCGGCUCGUACGAACCCCUGCAAUGCAGCGCGUCCUCGCACGAGUGCUGGUGUGUGGGCGGCAAUGGAGUGGAGAUGCCGAACACCAGGUCGAACAACACCGUGGUCUGCCCACCAAGACGAAUUGACGGCCCUAAACUGGACAUUGGUUUCGUUGUCGACUCUUCAUCUGCGGUGGACUGGGCCCAAGUACAAGCAUUCUCCAAGUGGUUUAUCAGCCAGUCAGCAGUGACCGAUCAAGGUGUUCAUUUCGGCUUUAUCUCCUACGCCUCAGCCGCUAGUAUAGGGUUUAGCUUCGACGCAGACACGGGUGCGAGGUAUACCGCUGAUUCAGUCAGCAGGCUCGUAGACGGUGUAACACAGCUUGGUGGAGAUGGCCGUCGCUUGGAUUUAGGACUUGAACUAGCGUACAACAAUCUUUUUACGUUAGCGAAUGGCGCGCGGCGAGAUGCAAAGAAGGUUCUCAUCGUGGUCAUCGGAGGAGCGGCCGAAAACCAGCACCAAGCAAACAUGAUAAACGCAGCCAAACAGCUUCGAUCUAUCGGGGUCAAGAUUUACGUCAUCACAAUCGCAACAUCGCCGCAGCGCGAAUACUUUGAGCUUGGCGACCAGGUUUUCUCGGCCCAGACCUACCCGUCUCUAGAUCGGCUCAGGUCAAGUGUCUUCCAAGCCAUCAAGCCAGGGAGCCUGUCGCCAUGCCAGGCACGCUAUCUCCAAGCCAUUCGGCAGUACACACCAGGAGCCUUCAUUCCGAGGUGCCGUCCCGCGGGCGACUACCAGUUCAUGCAGUGUUACAGAGAGCACUGUUACUGUGUCAAUCAGGACGGCGUCGAGGUUCGGGGCACACGGCUGCACUCCAGAUUCGGGCAGCCGCACUGCAAGCAUCUCGACCCUAACGCCGAUUGCGAGGACCGAUGUGGACCGGGAAGCUCAAAUCUCCGUCCUAUUCUCAGUCCGUGCCAGCGUCGCCGCCUACUGGGUACGGCCCUUGGGCGUGGUAAUGUGGAGGGGUACAUCCCCCACUGUAAGUCGGACGGUCGGUAUGAGGAGGUUCAAUGUCAUACUGGAACUAAGUACUGCUGGUGCGUAGACGAGAAGGGCGUGGAGGUCUGGGGAACUCGCACCAGGACCUUUAUCAGAUGCGCAGCUUUCGACCGUGAGAUGACAAAGUGUCAGAAGCAUUACCAAGAGAUUAUGCGCCAGGCCUCCCCGAGCACAUACGCCCCCCACUGUACCCCAGAAGGGAAGUACCGGUCUAUGCAGUGCUGGAAUUCCGAGUGCUUCUGUGUGGACGCGGAAGGUUUGCGUCUUGACUGGACGGUCGUCAGCAUUUCCGAGGGACUUCCCGACUGCUCGCAGUAUCCACCCAAGCAACGACCCCUUGACCUUGGUAUUCUGGUCGACACAGCAGGGAGGAUAACAGCAGAACAGUGGCAAAGUGUCAUUGCUUACAUACAAACCAUUGUACGGGGUUUCUCCAUUUCUGAUGACGGGGCUAGAGUGGCACUUGUCCCUUUCAGUACCACACCCAGAACCACCCUGGCCUUUAACACACUAAGUGUAUGGAAUGAACCAGAGGUUAACAAGUAUGUCAGCUGGCUGAAGUUAUUCAAGGGAGUGCGUCGGGUAGACUUGGCCCUACGCCAUGCGGAUGAGAAGCUCUUCCAGCCCGAGGGAGGGAUGCGUCCAAAUUCUCGAAAGGUUAUUUUAGCAAUUAUGUUGAGCCAGGAUGGAAAGACUACUGUGCCAGUACCAAUGCUUUCCAAAAAACUACAGAACCGUGGGAUAAGUGUAUAUGUGGUCGCCAUAACUGGCAGUACACCUGACAUGGUUCUUAAAGGCCUUGCCUCCAAGCCUGAGCACAUUUAUAGAACUAGUCUGUCUGGCAUUAUGAAGACAUCCGAACCUGUUAUCAAGUCCAUCAGACAGAGUCUUGGGCCUCCCCUUGACAUUGGCUUUGUAGUGGAAUCUUCUAAUUCUGUUGAUUGGCCCAGAACACUACAAUUCACGAAAGAGUUUCUAGACAAAUUCCACAUUUCUCAUGAUGGUGACCACGUUGGAUUAAUUUCCUUUGCAUCUUCGCCUGCUAUGGGAUUUGCCUUCAAUGCUCUUAGCGGCAUCCAGUACACUGUUGAAGGAAUCAGGGGACUGAUAAGUGGCGUGGCCCAGCAGGGGGGAUCAGCCAGGAGAGUGGAUCUAGCUCUACAGAUGGCACAGCAGGAGCUGUUUACUAGCGCCGGUGGUGGAAGGGACUCUGCUGGGAAGGUUCUUAUACUGAUUACCAGUGGACCAUGGCCAGAACAGUACAAAUCCCAGUGGCUAGACACAUUCAUUAAGUUGGAGGCACUUGGCAUUGCUAUAUACCCUGUAACCAUUAGUGCAGAGAAGGUAUCAGCUCCCAAAGGUCUCCCCAAGCAAGAGAAUAGGUUCUUCAGGGCUUCUGGGUUCAACAAGUUGGCUAGACUUGUCCCAAGACUUGUCCAUCAAAUCAGAGAAAAACCUGUGAUCCGUAUCUGCCAAAGAGAACACCAGGAGAGGGUUGGGUCUAAUGGGAACCAGGUAUUUGCCGCCAAGUGCAAGUCAUCCGGAGCCUACGAGGAGAUCCAGUGCGAGGCGGCAACACAUCAGUGCUGGUGCGCAGAUGCUAAGGGAAACGAGAUCCCCGGCACACGGACAAACGGACCUAUCAGAUGCUCACAAUACGGAGCCAACCUUACUCACUGCCAGAGACACUACCAGGAAAAGACUAGGAACUGGUUCCUGGCCACGCGUCACGUCCCAUGGUGCCGCAAGGACGGCUCGUAUGACCCUCGCCAGUGCUACAAGACGGACUGUUUCUGCGUCAACGAAUAUGGAGUGUACAUGAGUGCAUCACGUGUUGACAUAUCAAAGGGGAACGCUGUUUGCGGGAAAUCAGGCUCCACUAAAUGUACAAGGCAGAGAUCAAGUGCCAUUGAGGCGCAGCGGCCCGGAGCCUUUGUGCCGCAGUGCAAGGCUGAUGGGAAUUUCCAAGAGAAGCAAUGCCACGGAUCGUACUGCUUCUGCGUCAACAGAGACGGCAGGAUGCUCACUGGCAGCCGUGUGGCUAUUGGCAGACAGGAGCCCGACUGUGAAAGCCAUGAUAAAAUGUCUACCAAAUGCCACCUUCAUGUUCAGCGCGCGCUGAUUGCCGGGACGGGUCACGUGCCUAGAUGUACACCCGAGGGAGGUUAUGAGCCUGCGCAGUGUGAUCCUGCGAGUCACGAGUGCUGGUGUGUGGACGAACAUGGCACGGAGGUCAGCGGUACUAGGUCCACCGACCUCGUCACAUGCAAGGAAUUUGGCGACACCCUGACCACGUGUCAGCGGCAGUAUCAGGAGUACUGGAGGGAGAGUGUGCCAGGACGGUACGUCCCCCACUGUAGGAAGGACGGCAGCUUCAACCCCGUGCAGCACUAUGCAGGCACCUCUUUCUGCGUUGACCAGUACGGCUUACCCAGGAAAGGACUCGAGGUCAACACCCUACUGGACGGCUCAGCACUCUGCAUAGAUAUUGUUAAAGAGCCUACUCCUUGCCAGCGCGCAAAGGGUGAAGCUCUUCUCAGUCCCGAGACCAAGCGAGUACCCAACUGUCGCCCGGAUGGCUCGUACAGCCGCGUGCAGUGCGACAAGUCGACAGGGGAGUGCUGGUGCUCCAGUGAGGAUGGUAGUGAGACCCCGGGCACGAGAACUAGUGGUACCUUACGAUGUCCAGCAAAUGAUUCUCAUACACCGUGCGAAAAGAGGUUCCUCGCCGCUCAACUGCCAUCUCUAGCGCCAUGGAAUCUUAUCCCAGUCUGCCGGGAUGACGGGACCUAUCGCGAUGUGCAGUGUAGCCCCCACUGGGGAGAGUGCUGGUGUACCGACAUCAACGGAAACACACGACCAGAAACUGUCACGAGGGGGAUCCCUGACUGUCCUAAAAUCAAAGAGUUCUCCGCGUGCCAGAAGCACCGUCACCGCGUGCAAGGCAUGACAGGGCAAGCUCCGGUCGGCGCCUACGUGCCUAGGUGUGCGGACGACGGCAGCUACGAGACCGUCCAGUGUCAUGACGGCACUCGGUACUGCUGGUGCGUGGACGAGGACGGCAAGGAAAGACCCGGCACAAGGCAAACUGGACAACCCAACUGUGAUCCAGGAGUUCCUCCAUCCCUCCCACCUCAACUACCUACUCCAGUGCCCGUGACACCCUGUCGAGCCCAAGUCGAGCAAGCGCUCAAGACCCCAGCCUCGCUGGACAGGUUUGUCCCCCGUUGCACCCUAGAUGGCGCUUAUGAAGACGUCCAGUGUCAAGAGAGUACAGGGGAAUGUUGGUGUGUUGACGCUCAGGGCUCGGAACUGGACGGUACCAGAUCUACGGAGUUGGUCACAUGUCACAAGCACAGAGACAGAGUGACGGAUUGUCAACGCGAAUACCAGCUGUCUGAGCGAAACAGGUUCUCGUUGGGUCGGUUCGUGCCGCGAUGCACAUCUGAAGGCCACUACGAGCGUGUUCAAUGCCAAGAGGCUGAAUGCUACUGUGUAAACAGCGGCGGCCACGAGAUCCAAGGGACCCGGACAGUGCUUCCACAGAGACCUAACUGCACUGAUGCAGAGACGGCACCGACAGUGUGUCAAUACAAACACCAAGUGUCAUCAGUGAACGCAGCGCCGGGCGUAUUUGUGCCUCAGUGCAGACCAGACGGCGGGUAUGACGUCGUGCAGUGCCGAGGUGCGGUCUGCUACUGCGUGGACAAGAGAGGAAUCGAGAUACAGGGAACAAGACUACCUAUUGCAGACGGAAGGCCUAAGUGCGAUAGACCAGGAGACGUGUUGACCCUGUGCCAGCGGCUUUACCAGGAGUACUGGCGUAACCCCAUCCAAGGUCGAUAUGUGCCUAGGUGUGAUGCUAACGGCGAAUUCGAGAACGUCCAGUGCCAUGGUCCCUGCUGCUUCUGCGUGGACGAGAAUGGCCAGGAAAUCCGUGGCACUAAGGUGCUACAAACCUUACUCCCUACGGCAAUGGCGAGGCUGUGUCAGCAGAAAGAUAAGCCCCUGACGUUGUGCGAGAGGAAGCUGCGUGAGUAUCUUCUCAGUCCCCCUCGCCGUGGCAUGUACAAGCCUGAUUGUGUGGACGGUCAAUUCUUCCCGGUGCAAUGCGAGCCAACAGGCGAUACGUGCUGGUGCGUUGACAGCCAGGGCAAGGAGAAACCAGGCACACGGAAAGAAGGGUCUAAGAUUACUUGUCCUAAAGACGACUCACUGCCUUUGGCGUUGAACUGUCGGGAGCUGCUCGUGUAUGACGCUGGCUACUUCUCUGUGUUCAUCAACAAGUGUAACCAGGAUGACACCUAUGCACGUGUUCAGUGCGAUUAUAUCAAUGGCUACUGCUGGUGCACUAAUCCCAUGGGCCGUGGACAGAGAUGGACAUCUGCGCGAGGACAACCGAACUGCACUUCUAUAGCUCUCCCCACCAAGUGUCAAAGGCACCAGAUGCGCCUGCGCGGGUUCACUGGCGUCGCACCUACAAGCCAGUACCUUCCGCAGUGCCGAUCUGACGGGAGCUAUAACCCUGUGCAGUGUGACGGGUCCACGCCUACCUGUUGGUGCGUGGACCAGAACGGAUACGAGAUCAUUGGGUCGAAGGAAUUCGGUCAACCAACCUGCAAGGAUCACCCCCCAGUAGUCGGCGGUGUGAUCAAAAGACUACUGGACUGUCACGAGGCCCGUCAGAGAAUCCUCGGUCCCUCAGGAAUACCCCCUCCGGGAGCUUAUGUCCCGAAGUGCAAGCACGACGGCACGUACAGACAAGUCCAGUGCCACUCCUCCACCGGCUACUGCUGGUGCGUCAAUAAUUUUGGGCAGGAACAGCCAGGGACUCGAAAAAGAGGACCGCCCGAGUGCGUCCAACCUGUGUCUCCGAGUGUUUGCCAGCAGGACCGAAUGCAGGCGCUCGCGUGGUCCGGUCGCCUGGUAGUUGGUGCCUUUAUACCUCGAUGCCGGUCUGACGGGAGCUACGAUCCAAUCCAGUGCCACGAGUCUCCCGGGCAGUGCUGGUGUGUGGAUGUCCAUGGCAAUGAACUGACUGGGACAAGAGCGUUCGGGCAAGUGGUUUGCUCAACAAGAGACGGUAAGACCACGUGCCAAAAAGAGCAAGAAGAAAAAGGAAUAAGCGAUUUGUGUGAUAGUAACGGUGGCUUCAAGCCCCUUCAGUGUGAGAAGCCAUACUGCUGGUGUGUCGACCGAAACGGCAAAGAAAUACCGAGAACGCGGACUAGUGGCCCUGCCAAACCUUCCUGUAACUCGCAAGCUGGCUUGACUAAGUGUCAGAAGGAGCGUCAGCGCCUUUUGGGGUGGAGUGGCUUGGCCCCUCCUGGUAGCUUUGUACCCGAGUGCCAGGUUGAUGGCUGCUAUGACAGCAUACAGUGUCACGAGUUGAGUGGCUUCUGCUGGUGCGUGGACAGCGACGGGAACCAAGUCCCUGAUACCAGGGUCCAGGGCAAGCCUAUCUGCGGCAAACAGACCCAGAGAUCAUCUUGUCAGAAGGAAAGGCAGCGCGCCCGAGGAUGGUCCGGAGAGAACAACGGCGCCUUCAUUCCUCAAUGUGACAACGACGGGUACUAUAGUGACAUCCAGUGUCACCACGAUAUGUGCUGGUGCUCGGAUGAGUACGGCUACGAGUUGCCUCAGACGAGAGUGAUGGGCAAAGGACUUAGGCCGGAUUGCAGCAGAGUGCCUAGUAACUUUACACGUUGCAUACGUCUGCGGUCCCGUGCUCUUGGCCUGAGUAAAUUCCCGGUACCACCUGGAGUAAAUGUCCCGAGGUGCGAGAGUGAUGGAUCAUUCAGCUCUGUGCAGUGUAACGAAUUGACGGGAUACUGCUGGUGUGUCGAUAGACAGGGUAACCCUGUGUUCGGUACAGAGGUCCGCGGACAGCCAGAUUGCAGCGCACGAGUAUCACCAACGAAAUGUCAAAAGGAGUUGGAGCUUGCCCGAGGCCUUCCCGGGUCCCUACCGAUCGUUGGCUCGUUCAUUCCCGAUUGCAAGCCGAACGGAGCAUAUAAGAGAAAGCAGUGCCACUCCUCUACGGGCGAGUGCUGGUGCGUGGACGAGUUUGGAAACGAGGAGUCUGGGACUCGAAUCCGUGGCGAUCAGCUGUGGUGCGAUCCGCCAGCUGGGCUUAGUCCAUGUCUAAAGGAGCGUCGUCGAGCGAUCGGGUACGGUGUAGGCGUCAUCAAAUACCGGUUUAUACCGGACUGCAAACAGGAUGGCAGUUACGAAGAGGUUCAGUGCCUGGGCGGAAAGCAGUGCUGGUGCGUGAAUCAUAAUGGCGUGGAGGUCCUGGGUACAAGGAUGACCGGAAGGCCAAUGUGCUUCUCACCAACAGCGACGUUGACUCAGUGCCAGCGCGAGCGCCGAGCAGGCCUAGGGUUCGACGGCUCUCCUGCUGUUGGUGUGUACGUCCCCAAGUGUACCGCUAGCGGUGGCUACGAGGAACUACAGUGCAAUGCUGGUACCAAUGAGUGUUGGUGUGUGGACACGUUUGGCAAGGAGAUCGCCAACACGCGGAUUAUUGGACGUCCAGCGGACUGUCCUACUGUUGGUCUGGCAGGCGAGAGUCGAACGCUAUGCGAACUUGACCGCCAGAGAGCGAUGGCCAUCGGAGAUACCGAAUAUAUACCCCAGUGCACAAAGGAUGGCGAGUUUGUGCCGGUACAGUGCCAUCAGGAGAAGAAAAAAUGCUGGUGUGUGGAUGGUAACGGCAACAUGAUAUACGGAUCCACCACUAAAGGCGACAAGAAACCUGUCUGUCAACGCAACGUCGUAUCCCCCACCGACUGCGAAGAAAGGGCGAGGCUGCUGUCUCAGGACAAGGCGCCUGGGAGGUACAUCCCUAAAUGCGACGACGAAGGAGCCUACGAAUCUGUUCAGUGUCAUCCCUCUACUGGGUUCUGCUGGUGUGUGGGAAGACUUGGGCAGGAAUGGCCACGAACCCGUCAGCAUGGCGGAAGGCCGGCUUGUGAUCAUGAAGUUGGACUUACGCCUUGCCAGAAGCAGCGGUUUAAUGCUUAUGGUGUAAGUGAGUCGACGCCCGCUGACCGCUAUGUACCGCGAUGUGACGCGUCUGGGGGGUAUGAGCCGGUGCAGUGUCUCUCCACUACCGGCCACUGCUGGUGCGUGGACAAGGAUGGGAUCGAGAUUCGAGGCACUCGCAGACGUGGUGUCAGGCCUGUCUGCAAGCAAGGUUACAAUACGCCAUGUGAGCGUGAGCGAUACCGCGCACUGGGCUGGACUGGUCUUCGUGUAACCGGACUAUGGGUACCAGACUGCCGGCCGGACGGGUCGUAUGAGUCUGUCCAGUGCCAUGCUUUGUCCGGGUAUUGCUGGUGUGUGGACAGAAGCGGACAUGAGCUGUUUGGUACCAGAGUGCGUGGCAAGAGAACAUGCGAUAAAAUAAAAGACGGGUACACGCGUUGCCUUCGUGACCAAAACAGGGCCCUCGCUUGGUUUGCUAAAAACGGUGUUGGGAUGUACAAGCCUCAGUGCCGGCCUGACGGUAGUUACGAGCCUGUGCAGUGCGACUCUUCCACCGGGUACUGCUGGUGUGUGGAUGAAUACGGCAACGAGAUCUGGAGCACGCGUAUUAGGGGACUGAGACCGACCUGCCCUCAGAAAGAUACAAAGACCACGUGUUUCAAGGAGAGUGAGGAGAGUGCGCGCCUUGGUGGCCAUCGGUUCGUCCCUUUGUGUGACGUAUUCGGUAGCUAUCGACCAGUCCAGUGUGACUCUGAGGGGUACUGCUGGUGUGUUGAACGAUACGGCAACGAGCUACCGCGCACUAAAGUCAAGGGCGUGCCUGAGUGUAUUCAUUAUGCUGGCCUGAGUGAAUGCCAGAAAGAUCGUCAGCUAGCCCUUGCCUGGACCGGAAGUGCGCCACCCGGCCGGGUUGUCCCCGAGUGUCAGACGGACGGGAGCUACAACCGAGUGCAGUGCGAGCAGCAUUCGGGACAGUGCUGGUGCGUGGACGAAAACGGGCAAGAAAUCCCAAGGACGCAAAAACAAGGACGGCCCGACUGUAAGAACCCAGAAAAACUCAGUGCGUGUCUUCAGGAGCGCCAUCUCGCAUUGCCUUGGCCCGGACGCUUCGCGCCUCAAUGUACCGCAGACGGCAGCUAUUCCAAAAGGCAGUGUAAUAACGGCAAAUGCUGGUGCGUGGAUGAACACGGCAGUGAGAUCUACGGGACGCGCACGAGUGCACAGGUCGACUGUACCAACCAGCCCACGCCAGGCUACGAGACCAUCUGUGUGUAUGAGCAGCGGGUUGCCCGCUCACGGUCACCUACUCCUGUUACUGGUCAGUUCAUCCCUCAGUGCACGAGUCUUGGCCGGUACAGCGCCAUUGAGUGCCAUGCAGGGACUCCAUACUGCUGGUGUGUGGACAACUACGGGCAGGAGAUCCCUAGGACACGGACCCGAGGACGGCCCUACUGUGGGUACACCGCGGGUUUGACGAUGUGCCAGAAGGAGCGCCAGAUCGCUAUCGGUUGGACGGGUGUGGCUGCUCCUGGUUCGUUUGUGCCCAAGUGUAAGUCAAGCGGCGACUACGACACGGUGCAGUGCCACGGAUCAACGGGCUUCUGUUGGUGCGUGGACGAUGACGGCAAUGAAAUUCCCGCGACUCGCGUCCGGGGCAGACCCAUGUGCGGACUACUGGCGGGCUUAAGCCAAUGUCAACAAGAAAGACAGCGUCAUAUGGGCGUGUUGGGUAUUGCCCCACCAGGACGCUUUGUGCCUGCUUGUACAUCUACCGGCCAGUAUGAACGAGUCCAGUGUCAUUCGUCUACCGGCUACUGCUGGUGCGUCGACAAGUUUGGCCGGGAGCUGCCCAACACAAGGGCCAAGGGACGUGUCACUUGUGAUUCACUUGGUUCUCUAAGUGAUUGUAUACUUGAGCGAGAGCGGCUGAGCCUUUCCGGUCUUCGCGAUUUUCCCAUCCCUACCUGCGAUAAGAAGGGUAACUAUGAGCGCGUCCAGUGCAACUAUGCAUGGGGUACACAGUGCUGGUGUGUGGACAAGAACGGCAACAGAAUCGCAGGCACCACAUCCAGAUACAACAACAUAUCCUGUACUGAUGAUGCCAUCCGUGGUAAACAGACAGUAUGUCAAAAAGAUCGCCAAGCCGCCCUCAAUUUCUUAGGCCAGGUGACAUCUGUAGGCCGGUUCGUGCCACAAUGCAAGGAAGACGGCAGCUACACCAACGUGCAGUGUCUGGCUUCAUCGGGCGAGUGCUGGUGCGUGUUUACGAACGGACUUGAAAUCCCACGCACCAAGACGCACGGCAGACCAAGAUGUGGACGUGAAGCUGGUCUAACACCGUGCCACAAGGAGCUGCUGUUUGCCCGUGGAGGCCAGGGCAGGCCUGUCCCAGGGCGAUACGUGCCUAACUGUGACCCUCAGGGAGGCUACGAGUCAGUACAGUGCCACUCCUCCACCUGCUGGUGUGUGGACGCAUUUGGUCAAGAAAUUGCCAACUCGAGGGUGACCGGCCGUCCCAACUGCGCAGUCAAAGGUGGUAGUCUGACAGCUUGCCAGAGGCAGCGACAAGCUGCACUACAAGACACUGGUCUAGGGCGGUUCAUCCCGCGCUGUAAAGUUGAUGGCACCUUCCACGAAGUACAGUGCCGCGGCUCAGUCUGCUUCUGCGUCGAUCGGAAAGGGGACGAGAUUCGUGGAACCAGGGUGAACCGGCCGGCCAAGGCGGACUGUAGGAAAGUUGGAGCACCAACGCCAAUAGAUCAGACACGCACGCCGUGCCAGAGAGAAUACGACCAAGUGAUGAGUAACUAUGCCAUUGAUCGCUUCGUGCCCCUUUGUAAACCGGACGGCCGCUAUGAGGAGGUGCAAUGUCGUGCGCGAUGGAGUCAAUGCUGGUGUGUCGAUAUCAGUGGACGUGAGCUCGCAGGAACCCGGCGAACAGGAUGGCCCAACUGCCCUCCGCAUCGUGCCGCGGACGUCGCGAUUGUGAUUGAGAGCGGAGUGUUCAGUGAUGUUUUACCCGCGUUCCAAGCCAUAAGGAACUUUAGCAAGGCGAUCGUAGAUGGACUAAGCGUGUCUGCUUCUGGUGUACACAUUGGUUACAUCAUCUAUGCUUCUAAGCCCAAGCUAAUCUUUGACUUCAAUACCCUGGCUCCCAAAGACACCAACCGGGGGAACGUCAAGAAGCUGAUUGACGGUGGAUUACCAGAAACUGGUCGGCCACGCCCUGAUCUCGCCUAUAAAAUGGCAUAUGAAAGAUUAUUUUCCGACAGAGGAGGGGCACGAAGAGGAGCUCCUAGGUUCCUGAUUCAUCUAAUUGCCGACACUAAAACACGAGCAGUCGAUCAGCCGAGCAUGCUAGCCGCAAGCCUCCCACUAAAGAAGCAAGGCGUUAACAUCUUCCCUGUUGGCGUCGAAUUUUCCAUUGAGCUGCAAGAUCUCCGUGAUCUUGCCACGAAUGACGCUAAUGUGUACACCAUACCGUACGCUCCAUACAGCCUUUCGCAGCUGAUGCCGGUGGCAAGGGUCAUUGCAGACGUCAUCAAUGGAUAUGUGCGCGAUCCAAGAACGAUUCGACCAACAGGUCUUGAUAUCGGCAUCCUUGUUGGCGCAUCGCCAUCAACCACUCCCGAAAGAUGGAGCAAGCUUCUCGCAUUUGCCAGCUCUAUUGUUGACGGGUUCCCUGUGUCUGCACGUGCUGCUCACGUGGCUGCCAUGUCAUUUGGAGACCGGCCAAAGGUCGCGUUCUUAUUUGACUCGUUCAGCGGACGUCAAAUAACCAAGGAUAACUAUCGUAAGGCAAUUGAGCAGAUCCCGUAUAUGCCGUCGACGUCCACUAGAAUCGACAAGGCGCUGCAGCUGGCGGGGAGUUUCAUGUUCAACGAGAAGACUGGAAUGAGACCAACCGUGCCUAAGUAUCUGCUGCUCAUAACCGAUGGCGACCAAACGGACAAGAAAGCAUUGGACUACAUCGAUCUUUCAAAAUCUAGCGAAGCCGUAAAGGAGAAUGGCGUACAAGUAUACGCAGUGUCCUCCCGACCUGAGGUGGACACAAACAUGCAAGACCUGCGGACCAUUGCUUCUCGUGACGACUAUGCGCACGCCUGGCCCGUACAGAGACUACCUGUGGUCGGACCUUGGGUUGUUAAUGACUGGAAGAACGCAAUGUUGUCACGUGUGUACCCCGUUGACAUUGGUCUCUUGAUUGGUUCAUCACGCUCUACUACACCACAAAGCUGGACCUCUACUCUUCGCGCCAUCUCGUGGCUGCUUAGUAACUUUGACAUCUCACCCCAGGGCGCUCAUGUAGGCGCAAUUACGUUCGAUGAGAACCCUCGUGUUGGUUUCUCCUUCGAUUCUCUAAAGGGCGAUCGGCUGAACGGCCGUGAGGUCAACAGACUUGUGAACUCACUCACCUACAAGCGUGGAUAUACUCGAAUCGAUCGCGCCCUGCAACUGGCCAAUUCGUACUUAUUUACUUCACACGGGGGAGCACGAAAAAGCUCCGCAAAGAUCCUCCUGGUUAUCACGGACGGACCGCAGUCAACAGAUCGGGGCGCGUACACGCCCUUGUCUACCGCCUCAGAACCUUUGAAGACCGCUGGCAUUCAAGUCUUCAGCGUGGGCAUAGGCCCAAAUAUCAGAGACCAAGAUCUGAGAGACAUCGCCUCUGUUCCGUCUUACGUUGUGAAGGUCCCAACAGCAUCUGACCGUGACAUUACCAGGGCUAUGUACAGAGUCACAAGUGACUGGAAAACAUAUCUACGAGGUCGUUGGCUACCCGCUGAUAUCGUAUUUGUGGUCGAGAGUUCAGACUAUGUUACCCUUCCACGUUGGCAACAGAUAAUUGACUUCUUAAAGCGAACCGUGAACUCCUUCCACGUGUCACCUUGGGCCACACGCUUCGGCCUCGUUACGUAUGGCUACCAGCCAAAGGUGAACUUCCACUUCAACACCCUCGGAGACAAAAUGACCACUAGCGGGUUAGAAGCCCUUCUUGACUUGGCCAAGUGGAUUGGAGGCGAGCCCAAGCUUGAUCAAGCCCUCAAAGUCACAGAAGAGGAUGUCUUUACCAUUAAAAAUGGGAUGAGAAGAUUCUCCCAAAAGUACUUGGUGGUGAUAUCUGCCCAUCCGCAGUCCCGAUAUUCCGGCUACAUUCCGGUACGUCAGGCCAUCAGAGGAAUCAAAGACAAAGGUAUCCAAGUGUACUCUAUAGGUAUUGGGCCUAAUGUGGACGUGGGUGAGCUAAACGACAUCGCUUCUCGUCCGGAGAACAUCUACCGAGUACCUUACAGCAGCCUUCCGACUUUCGGGGACUUGCUGUACACAGCUUGGAGGAAAUACCCACAAAGGAGAUGGCGCCGUCCAGCGGCAGAUAUUGGCUUUGUAAUUGGGAGCUCACGCGAUACCACCCCUCAGACCUGGCAAAAAUUCCUGGCUUUCGCUAAGCAGGUGGUUAAUACCAUGGAUGUGUCACAAGAUGGUGUCCACGUUGGAGCAAUGACCUUCAACUCUGCGCCUCGCAUGGGCUUCAGGUUCAACGCGCUUUACGGACCCCGUUACACCGUGGAGAACGUGAAGGGUCUGAUCUCACGACUGCCUUAUGCUACUGGCGAGACGAGGAUUGAUCGCGCCCUUUACGCCGUCAACAAGGAUCUGUUCAAUACGGACGCCGGAAUGAGACCUGCUGUGCCUCAUAUGCUUGUCAUGUUGGUGGACGGGGAGCAGCAGCCUGGCCGUCCCGGAUACACACCCUUGCCAGUAGCCUCCCAGCCUUUGAAAGACAGGAACAUCGAGGUAUUCGCAGUCGGAACGAGCGAGCGCUCGGACGCCAAUCAGCUCGACCAAGUAGCGUCACGUGGAAGGAACGUCCUGUACCUUCCCGCCGAUCGCCUGCCUACGCUAUCCUACCGAGUCGUCAACGUUGGAUUUGAUCACAUCAGGGAGCAAAGGCAACCGAAAGUUUCUCGCUGGAGCACAUGCCAGCGUGAGUACCGUGCCGCCCUACAGUCUUACAAGUACGGCCGCUAUGUGCCACGUUGCCAGCCUGACGGCAAGUACGAGCCCGUUCAGUGUCACAGCUCCAUCUGCUACUGCGUCAACCAAGAGGGCGUGGAGGUAGCUGGAACCCGCAGGCCCGGCUACGCCCCGCCAAGCUGCAGGGAUACCGCACGUCGGCCGACCUCGUGCCAGAAGCAGUACCGGGAAGCUAUUAGCGGGUACCACCUUGGCCGCUUUGUACCGCGCUGUUGGGGCGACGGAAGCUACAGGCGAGUGCAGUGUAAUCCCGCAGGUUUCUGCUGGUGUGUCAAUAGCGAUGGCAUGGAAGAAACAGGGACGCGCCGACGUGGAUGGCCUAGCUGCGCUAUUACAGGCCGCCCCCUAACGCCCUGCCAGUCCGAGUACCAAGAUGCAUUGCGGCACGGUAAUUUCGGCGCUUUCGUGCCCCGAUGUCACCCAGACGGUCAGUACGACCCAAUCCAGUGCUACACCGGCGUCUGCUACUGUGUCGAUCAACCUGGAAAUGAGAUCGUGGGCACUUCUCGGCCGCUACCCUUCCAGCCAGUGUGCGCGGAACCCGGCCGUAAGCUGUCUCCCUGUCAAAAGCAGUACGAGCUGGCGCUACAGAAGCACGUCGUGGGUCGCUGGAUUCCUAUGUGCAGACCUGACGGUAGCUACGAACCGGUACAGUGCGACCGUGGAUGGUUCUGCUGGUGUGUGGAUGAAGAAGGACAAGAGUUACCGGGCACGCGCAAACAGGGAUGGCCAGAGUGUGGGGUCAUCGGCUGGCGACCAAGCGAGUGCCAGAGUCAUCAUCGGAUGUCCCUUACCAACCUGUUGCCUGGGCGCUUCGUACCACGGUGCCUGCCUGACGGCUUCUAUGACGCCGUGCAGUGCUUUGGAUCCGUCUGCAUCUGUGUGGAUAGAUAUGGCGUUGAGGUCCCUGGAACUCUACGACCGCGCUUCAACGAGCCGAACUGCGCACCGCUAGGCUGGCGUCUGACUCGUUGUCAGAGGCAUCACCAGGCCGCAACUCGCUACUACUCCGUGGGAGGCUUCGUGCCAACUUGUCUACCCGAUGGCUCGUAUGACGCCCUCCAGUGUUUUGGCGGGCUGUGCAUGUGCGUGGAUGUCCACGGCAUUGAGAUCAAAGGAACAAGAAAUGUGGUCUCGAGUCCUAUCAACUGUAAAGAUACACGCCCCCAGCCUAGCGCAUGCGAGCGCCACUACACCGCCGCCCUUCGUAACCACGUACCUGGCCGCUUCCUACCAAGGUGCCGCCCAGAUGGCGAGUACGAGCAUGUCCAAUGCGAUGGAUUCGUCUGUUACUGUGUGGACAACAACGGCGAGGAGAUAGUCGAGUCACGUAAACCAAGACCUCUCAGACCAGACUGCUUCGGCCCUAGCCCCAGUCCAUGCCAGCGGGCAUAUCUGGAGGCGCUUGGGUCGUAUCAGGCUGGUCGAUUCAUUCCUCGCUGUACAAGAGACGGGGAAUACUACCGUAUCCAGUUCCUUGGACCUGAUGCCUUCUGUGUGGACUCAAAUGGCAAAGAGAUCCAAGGAACCCGCGUCUUGAGGCCAUACAGACCAGAUUGUGAAGCACCGACAUCUGCCCUUCGUCCAGGUCGAUGCCCCAAGCCAUGGAAAGGCAUCUUCCGCGCGUGUGACAGAAGAGGCGACGCCUGCCAGAAAGAUACUGACUGCAAGAAUAACCACAAAUGCUGCUUCAAUGGCUGCCAGAAUGACUGCGUGUCCGGCGAUCCCUCUGAUAGAUAUGGUGGUCCAUGCGUCAAACCACUAGACCUAGUACUUUUACUAGACUCUUCAGGCAGCAUUGGCCGCAGGAACUGGGUCCGAUUGAUAAAGUUCGCCCAGGCGUUCAUUGACGUCUUUAAAGCACCACAGGCUUCCCACGUUGCGCUAAUUUCGUACAGCACGAACCCCGAGAUCGUGUUUAACUUUAAGAUGAAUGGGCAGUAUCCAACUUACAGUGAGAUGCAGCGCCUGAUUGGGGCAAUGCGAUGGCAGAGAGGCUAUACAUACAUCGAUAAGGCUUUAAGACUUGCAGAACGCAAAGUGCUUACCGAUGAGGCUGGUAUGAGAAGGUCUUCUGAAAAGAUUGUGCUUGUAAUGACCGACGGAAGACAAACGACAGACAGAGGAAUUUACACUCCCCUCCGCACCGCGUCUGCUGGAAUCAAGAAGCUUGGGGCGAAAGUGUUUGCACUCGGCGUGGGCUCAGGGGUCGUCAUGUCAGAACUCAAUGAAAUUGCCUCUGACCCGUCCAACGUGCUUAUUGCGACCUCAUUUUCGGACCUCGAGAGGCAGUUGAAUGCUAUUAGAGCCAAGGGCUGCAGUGCUGCAGAAAAGGACUUGUGCUCUCGCGCCCCAUGUGGGUCGUUUGCUCGUUGCGUCGUAGUGAAUAACAAAGCAACAUGCUCCUGCCCUGACAUCUGCACAUUUGAGUACUCACCUCUUUGUGGAUCCGACGGAAAGACGUACGAUAACCAGUGCGAGAUGGAGCGAGCGUCCUGUCUGCAAAAUAAAGACCUGACGGGAAAGCCUGGGAAAUGUGUGGCUCCAACAACUGAAACUCCUCCGCCAACUACGGGACUGCCGACGACAGCUGGAACAACUGUACCCUUGAUAACACAGCCACCGACAACUAGACCAAGAGACCCGUGUGAAGACUACACUUGUACUUCGCCGCCGUACUCUGAAUGCACAGCCAUUAACGGUAGCCCAGUAUGCACGUGUAACAGCAUCUGUACCUUAGAAUAUGCGCCAGUUUGCGGUACUGAUGGGCAAAGCUACGAUAACGAAUGUCUAUUACAAACCGCGUCCUGCCAACGCAAUGAGUUGAUAGAAGUCGCUACCCAGGGAACAUGUGUAACUACACCAGCACCAACCACAACACCUAUACCAACAACUGAGAUAGACCCGUGUGUUGGGUUCACGUGUGUCGCCCCGCCCUACUCGUACUGCAAGGCUAGGGACGGCAGACCUGAGUGUGUCUGUGACGGUAUAUGCUCCCUUGUCUAUGCGCCAGUCUGCGGAACUGAUGGCCAAGAGUAUAGUAACGAGUGCAACCUGCAGAUCGCUUCCUGUCGGAAGAAUGAACUUAUCGAGGUCGCUAGUCGCGGAUCUUGUCCAACUACUGGACCAUCUACGGCCUCUCCAGUACCCACAACUGUGGAUCCUUGCUCAGGUGUCACUUGUGACUCUCCACCAUACUCCACAUGCAAAGUACAGGACGACAAACCCACAUGUGUAUGCAUAGAACCAUGUCCUGAGAUUCUCAAACCUGUGUACGGGAGUGAUGGAAAGGAUUACGACAACGAGUGCUUGUUGAAGUUGGCAGCCUGCAAAUCCAAGAGCCGUAUCUUAAUCGCAGGCUUUGGUCGUUACCCCAAGACCACAACAUCGUUAGCAACUACUGAAGGCACUACUGCGGCAACUCCGACCACAUUGAUUUCCCCGACAACAGAAGCAGGACCUUGCUCUGGUGUGACUUGUGAUUCUCCACCAUACUCCACAUGCAAAGUACAGGACGACAAACCUACAUGUGUAUGCGUAGAACCAUGUCCUGAGAUUCUCAAACCUGUGUACGGGAGUGAUGGGAAGGAUUACGACAACGAGUGCUUGUUGAAGUUGGCAGCCUGCAAAUCCAAGAGCCGCAUCCUUAUCGCAGGCUUUGGUCGUUACCCCAAGACCACAACAUCGUCAGCAACUACUGAAGGCACUACUGCGGCAACUCCGACCACAUUGAUUUCCCCGACAACAGAAGCAGGACCUUGCUCUGGUGUGACUUGUGAUUCUCCACCAUACUCCACAUGCAAAGUACAGGACGACAAACCUACAUGUGUAUGCGUAGAACCAUGUCCUGAGAUUCUCAAACCUGUGUACGGGAGUGAUGGGAAGGAUUACGACAACGAGUGCUUGUUGAAGUUGGCAGCCUGCAAAUCCAAGAGCCGCAUCCUUAUCGCAGGCUUUGGUCGUUACCCCAAGACCACAACAUCGUCAGCAACUACUGAAGGCACUACUGCGGCAACUCCGACCACAUUGAUUUCCCCGACAACAGAAGCAGGACCUUGCUCUGGUGUGACUUGUGAUUCUCCACCAUACUCCACAUGCAAAGUACAGGACGACAAACCCACAUGUGUAUGCGUAGAACCAUGUCCUCUGGUAUUCCGACCUGUCUAUGGAAACGAUGGAAAGGACUACGACAACGAGUGCUUGUUGAAGUUGGCAUCCUGCAAAACAAAUAAGUGGAUCCUCAUUGCGGGUAUUGGAAGAUACCCGAAGACGACUACACCCACAACAACCGAAGCCCCCACUACUCAAGACCCGUGUCAAGGGUACACGUGCACAUCGCCUCCUUACUCAUACUGCUCAGCACGUGAGGGCAGGCCUACUUGCGUGUGUAGGAACACCUGCAGUCUAGACUAUACCCCAGUAUGUGGAACUGACGGAGAGACCUACGAGAAUGAGUGCACUCUACAGAUAUCGUCUUGUCAGCGGAACGAGCAGGUCGAGGUCGCCAGUCAAGGACAUUGUCCAACCACAGCGUCUCCCGUCACGUCCCGCGAGCCGACGACAGGAGAAGAUCCGUGCCAGAGAUCACCGUGUACAGUACCCUACUCUCGGUGUGUGCUGAUCCGGGGGCAGGCUGUCUGCAUGUGUCAGUCGUGUCCCUCUAUCAAUAAACCCGUUUGUGGCUCUGAUGGCAAGACGUACAACAACGAAUGCGAGCUUCGUCAGUAUGCGUGCAAGAGCGACUCCUUGAUCACUGUUGCGAGCCUUUCGAGCUGCCUAACUACUGUGUCUCCAACAACGACUUCACUGCCCACUACCGAAGCCAAAUACACAGAAACUCAUCUUAAUAUCACCGAUCUUAUUAUGAUCGCAGCAUCUACGGAGCCUUCUACCAAAGAACCUACACCCAGCCAAGACCCUUGCAAGAUCUCACCUUGCAGUGCUCCUUAUGCGAAAUGCCUAGUGGUACAGGAUGAAGCGGUCUGCACAUGCCUAUCGUGUCCCAAUAUACUAGACCCAGUGUGUGGGUCAGACGGCAAGAACUACGACAACGAGUGCAACCUACGGCAGAACGCAUGCAAGACAAACACCCUUAUAACGGUGGUUAGACGGGAUGCGUGCCUAUCCACUGCGCGACCUGUUACAACUCAGCAGACGAAAAAGCCGGCGAGUUCAGCGUUCGUGCCUACAACAUCAGACCCUUGCAUGACGAAAGCCUGCACGGCUCCCUAUUCCAAAUGCAUGUCGGUACGGGGUAAGGCGGUCUGCAUGUGCAUGUCCUGUCCAAAAAUGAACAAACCAGUUUGUGGAUCGAAUGGGAAAGAUUACAACAACGAGUGCGAACUACAGCAAUUUGCAUGCAAGACCAACACAAUGAUUACCGUGGCUAGGCGAAGUCCAUGCCCACAAAAGUCAUCACCACAACCAACAACAGCGUCCACACCAGGACCAGAAAAUCCCUGUCAGACAUCGCCCUGCAGUGCUCCUUAUGCGAAAUGCCUAGUGGUACAGGGUGAGGCGGUCUGCACAUGCCUUUCAUGUCCCAAUAUGCUGGACCCAGUGUGUGGGUCAGACGGCAAGAACUACGAUAACGUGUGCAAACUACGACAGAACGCAUGCAAGACAAACACCCUUAUAACGUUGAUUAGCAGGGAUGCGUGCCCGACCACAACUCGACCAAGCCCUGAUCCAACAACUGAAGCCUUUACUGAGGCUCGUUUCACACCACCUUCCCAAAACAAAGUUAAGACCACACCAUCAACCACCAAAUCGACAGCUUCUAAAGCAAGAACUACUUCAGGCCCAACGACAGCAGGACCUUGCUCUAAUGUGACUUGUGAUUCUCCACCAUACUCCACUUGCAAAGUGCAGGACGGAAAACCCACAUGUGUAUGCGUAGAACCAUGUCCUAAGAUUCUCAAACCUGUGUACGGGAGUGAUGGAAAGAAUUACGACAACGAGUGCUUGUUAAAGUUAGCAGCAUGCAAAUCCAAGAGCCGUAUCCUAAUCGCAGGCUCUGGUCGUUACCCCAAGACCACAACAUCGUCAGCAACUACUGAAGGCACUACUGCGGCAACUCCGACCACAUUGAUUUCCCCGACAACAGAAGUAGGACCUUGCUCUGGUGUGACUUGUGAUUCUCCACCAUACUCCACAUGCAAAGUGCAGGACGACAAACCAACAUGUGUAUGCGUAGAACCAUGUUCUCAGAUUCUAAAACCUGUGUACGGGAGUGAUGGAAAGGAUUACGACAACGAGUGCUUGUUGAAGUUGGCAGCCUGCAAAUCCAAGAGCCGUAUCCUAAUCGCAGGCUUUGGUCGUUACCCCAAGACCACAACAUCGUCAGCACCUACUGAAGGCACUACUGCGGCAACUCCGACCACAUUGAUUCCCCUGACAACAGAAGCAGGACCUUGCUCUGGUGUGACUUGUGAUUCUCCACCAUACUCCACAUGCAAAGUACAGGACGACAAACCUACAUGUGUAUGCGUAGAACCAUGUCCUGAGAUUCUCAAACCUGUGUACGGGAGUGAUGGAAAGGAUUACGACAACGAGUGCUUGUUGAAGUUGGCAGCCUGCAAAUCCAAGAGCCGUAUCCUAAUCGCAGGCUUUGGUCGUCACCCCAAGACCACAACAUCGUCAGCAACUACUGAAGGCACUACUGCGGCAACUCCAACCACAUUGAUUUCCCCGACAACAGAAGCAGGACCUUGCUCUGGUGUGACUUGUGAUUCUCCACCAUACUCCACAUGCAAAGAACAGGACGACAAACCCACAUGUGUAUGCAUAGAACCAUGUCCUGAGAUUCUCAAACCUGUGUACGGGAGUGAUGGAAAGGAUUACGACAACGAGUGCUUGUUGAAGUUGGCAGCCUGCAAAUCCAAGAGCCGUAUUCUAAUCGCAGGCUUUGGUCGUUACCCCAAGACCACAACAUCGUCAGCAACUACUGAAGGCACUACUGCGGCAACUCCGACCACAUUGAUUUCCCCGACAACAGAAGCAGGACCUUGCUCUGGUGUGACUUGUGAUUCUCCACCAUACUCCACAUGCAAAGUACAGGACGACAAACCCACAUGUGUAUGCGUAGAACCAUGUCCUGAGAUUCUCAAACCUGUGUACGGGAGUGAUGGAAAGGAUUACGACAACGAGUGCUUGUUGAAGUUGACAGCCUGCAAAUCCAAGAGCCGUAUCCUAAUCGCAGGCUUUGGUCGUUACCCCAAGACCACAACAUCGUCAGCAACUACUGAAGGCACUACUGCGGCAACCCCGACCACAUUGAUUUCCCCGAAAACAGAAGCAGGACCUUGCUCUGGUGUGACUUGUGAUUCUCCACCAUACUCCACAUGCAAAGUACAAGACGACAAACCCACAUGUGUAUGCGUAGAACCAUGUCCUGAGAUUCUCAAACCUGUGUACGGGAGUGAUGGAAAGGAUUACGACAACGAGUGCUUGUUGAAGUUGGCAGCCUGCAAAUCCAAGAGCCGUAUCCUAAUCGCAGGCUUUGGUCGUUACCCCAAGACCACAACAUCGUCAGCAACUACUGAAGGCACUACUGCGGCAACUCCGACCACAUUGAUUUCCCCGACAACAGAAGCAGGACCUUGCUCUGGUGUGACUUGUGAUUCUCCACCAUACUCCACAUGCAAAGUACAGGACGACAAACCCACAUGUGUAUGCGUAGAACCAUGUCCUGAGAUUCUCAAACCUGUGUACGGGAGUGAUGGAAAGGAUUACGACAACGAGUGCUUGUUGAAGUUGGCAGCCUGCAAAUCCAAGAGCCGUAUCCUAAUCGCAGGCUUUGGUCGUUACCCCAAGACCACAACAUCGUCAGCAACUACUGAAGGCACUACUGCGGCAACUCCGACCACAUUGAUUUCCCCGACAACAGAAGCAGGACCUUGCUCUGGUGUGACUUGUGAUUCUCCACCAUACUCCACAUGCAAAGUACAGGACGACAAACCCACAUGUGUAUGCGUAGAACCAUGUCCUGAGAUUCUCAAACCUGUGUACGGGAGUGAUGGAAAGGAUUACGACAACGAGUGCUUGUUGAAGUUGGCAGCCUGCAAAUCCAAGAGCCGUAUCCUAAUCGCAGGCUUUGGUCGUUACCCCAAGACCACAACAUCGUCAGCAACUACUGAAGGCACUACUGCGGCAACUCCGACCACAUUGAUUUCCCCGACAACAGAAGCAGGACCUUGCUCUGGUGUGACUUGUGAUUCUCCACCAUACUCCACAUGCAAAGUACAGGACGACAAACCCACAUGUGUAUGCGUAGAACCAUGUCCUGAGAUUCUCAAACCUGUGUACGGGAGUGAUGGAAAGGAUUACGACAACGAGUGCUUGUUGAAGUUGGCAGCCUGCAAAUCCAAGAGCCGUAUCCUAAUCGCAGGCUUUGGUCGUUACCCCAAGACCACAACAUCGUCAGCAACUACUGAAGGCACUACUGCGGCAACUCCGACCACAUUGAUUUCCCCGACAACAGAAGCAGGACCUUGCUCUGGUGUGACUUGUGAUUCUCCACCAUACUCCACAUGCAAAGUACAGGACGACAAACCCACAUGUGUAUGCGUAGAACCAUGUCCUGAGAUUCUCAAACCUGUGUACGGGAGUGAUGGAAAGGAUUACGACAACGAGUGCUUGUUGAAGUUGGCAGCCUGCAAAUCCAAGAGCCGUAUCCUAAUUGCAGGCUUUGGUCGUUACCCCAAGACCACAACAUCGUCAGCAACUACUGAAGGCACUACUGCGGCAACUCCGACCACAUUGAUUUCCCCGACAACAGAAGCAGGACCUUGCUCUGGUGUGACUUGUGAUUCUCCACCAUACUCCACAUGCAAAGUACAGGACGACAAACCCACAUGUGUAUGCGUAGAACCAUGUCCUGAGAUUCUCAAACCUGUGUACGGGAGUGAUGGAAAGGAUUACGACAACGAGUGCUUGUUGAAGUUGGCAGCCUGCAAAUCCAAGAGCCGUAUCCUAAUCGCAGGCUUUGGUCGUUACCCCAAGACCACAACAUCGUCAGCAACUACUGAAGGCACUACUGCGGCAACCCCGACCACAUUGAUUUCCCCGACAACAGAAGCAGGACCUUGCUCUGGUGUGACUUGUGAUUCUCCACCAUACUCCACAUGCAAAGUACAAGACGACAAACCCACAUGUGUAUGCGUAGAACCAUGUCCUGAGAUUCUCAAACCUGUGUACGGGAGUGAUGGAAAGGAUUACGACAACGAGUGCUUGUUGAAGUUGGCAGCCUGCAAAUCCAAGAGCCGUAUCCUAAUCGCAGGCUUUGGUCGUUACCCCAAGACCACAACAUCGUCAGCAACUACUGAAGGCACUACUGCGGCAACUCCGACCACAUUGAUUUCCCCGACAACAGAAGCAGGACCUUGCUCUGGUGUGACUUGUGAUUCUCCACCAUACUCCACAUGCAAAGUACAGGACGACAAACCCACAUGUGUAUGCAUAGAACCAUGUCCUGAGAUUCUCAAACCUGUGUACGGGAGUGAUGGAAAGGAUUACGACAACGAGUGCUUGUUGAAGUUGACAGCCUGCAAAUCCAAGAGCCGUAUCCUAAUCGCAGGCUUUGGUCGUUACCCCAAGACCACAACAUCGUCAGCAACUACUGAAGGCACUACUGCGGCAACUCCGACCACGUUGAUUUCCCCGACAACAGAAGCAGGACCUUGCUCUGGUGUGACUUGUGAUUCUCCACCAUACUCCACAUGCAAAGUACAGGACGACAAACCCACAUGUGUAUGCGUAGAACCAUGUCCUGAGAUUCUCAAACCUGUGUACGGGAGUGAUGGAAGGGAUUACGACAACGAGUGCUUGUUGAAGUUGGCAGCCUGCAAAUCCAAGAGCCGUAUCCUAAUCGCAGGCUUUGGUCGCUACCCCAAGACCACAACAUCGUCAGCAACUACUGAAGGCACUACUGCGGCAACUCCGACCACAUUGAUUUUCCCGACAACAGAAGCAGGACCUUGCUCUGGUGUGACUUGUGAUUCUCCACCAUACUCCACAUGCAAAGUACAGGACGACAAACCCACAUGUGUAUGCGUAGAACCAUGUCCUGAGAUUCUCAAACCUGUGUACGGGAGUGAUGGAAAGGAUUACGACAACGAGUGCUUGUUGAAGUUGGCAGCCUGCAAAUCCAAGAGCCGUAUCCUAAUCGCAGGCUUUGGUCGUUACCCCAAGACCACAACAUCGUCAGCAACUACUGAAGGCACUACUGCGGCAACUCCGACCACAUUGAUUUCCCCGACAACAGAAGCAGGACCUUGCUCUGGUGUGACUUGUGAUUCUCCACCAUACUCCACAUGCAAAGUACAGGACGACAAACCCACAUGUGUAUGCGUAGAACCAUGUCCUGAGAUUCUAAAACCUGUGUACGGGAGUGAUGGAAAGGAUUACGACAACGAGUGCUUGUUGAAGUUGGCAGCCUGCAAAUCCAAGAGCCGCAUCCUUAUCGCAGGCUUUGGUCGUUACCCCAAGACCACAACAUCGUCAGCAACUACUGAAGGCACUACUGCGGCAACUCCGACCACAUUGAUUUCCCCGACAACAGAAGCAGGACCUUGCUCUGGUGUGACUUGUGAUUCUCCACCAUACUCCACAUGCAAAGUACAGGACGACAAACCCACAUGUGUAUGCGUAGAACCAUGUCCUGAGAUUCUAAAACCUGUGUACGGGAGUGAUGGAAAGGAUUACGACAACGAGUGCUUGUUGAAGUUGGCAGCCUGCAAAUCCAAGAGCCGUAUCCUAAUCGCAGGCUUUGGUCGCUACCCCAAGACCACAACAUCGUCAGCAACUACUGAAGGCACUACUGCGGCAACUCCGACCACAUUGAUUUCCCCGACAACGGAAGCAGGACCUUGCUCUGGUGUGACUUGUGAUUCUCCACCAUACUCCACAUGCAAAGUACAGGACGACAAACCCACAUGUGUAUGCGUAGAACCAUGUCCUGAGAUUCUAAAACCUGUGUACGGGAGUGAUGGAAAGGAUUACGACAACGAGUGCUUGUUAAAGUUGGCAGCCUGCAAAUCCAAGAGCCGUAUCCUAAUCGCAGGCUUUGGUCGUUUCCCCAAGACCACAACAUCGUCAGCAACUGGUGAAGGCACUACUGCGGCAACUCCGACCACAUUGAUUUCCCCGACAACAGAAGCAGGACCUUGCUCUGGUGUGACUUGUGAUUCUCCACCAUACUCCACAUGCAAAGUACAGGACGACAAACCCACAUGUGUAUGCGUAGAACCAUGUCCUGAGAUUCUCAAACCUGUGUACGGGAGUGAUGGAAAGGAUUACGACAACGAGUGCUUGUUGAAGUUGACAGCCUGCAAAUCCAAGAGCCGUAUCCUAAUCGCAGGCUUUGGUCGUUACCGCACUACUGCGGCAACUCCGACCACAUUGAUUUCCCCGACAACAGAAGCAGGACCUUGCUCUGGUGUGACUUGUGAUUCUCCACCAUACUCCACAUGCAAAGUACAGGACGACAAACCCACAUGUGUAUGCGUAGAACCAUGUCCUGAGAUUCUCAAACCUGUGUACGGGAGUGAUGGAAAGGAUUACGACAACGAGUGCUUGUUGAAGUUGGCAGCCUGCAAAUCCAAGAGCCGUAUCCUAAUCGCAGGCUUUGGUCGUUACCCCAAGACCACAACAUCGUCAGCAACUACUGAAGGCACUACUGCGGCAACUCCGACCACAUUGAUUUCCCCGACAACAGAAGCAGGACCUUGCUCUGGUGUGACUUGUGAUUCUCCACCAUACUCCACAUGCAAAGUACAGGACGACAAACCCACAUGUGUAUGCGUAGAACCAUGUCCUGAGAUUCUCAAACCUGUGUACGGGAGUGAUGGAAAGGAUUACGACAACGAGUGCUUGUUGAAGUUGGCAGCCUGCAAAUCCAAGAGCCGUAUCCUAAUCGCAGGCUUUGGUCGUUACCCCAAGACCACAACAUCGUCAGCAACUACUGAAGGCACUACUGCGGCAACUCCGACCACAUUGAUUUCCCCGACAACAGAAGCAGGACCUUGCUCUGGUGUGACUUGUGAUUCUCCACCAUACUCCACAUGCAAAGUACAGGACGACAAACCCACAUGUGUAUGCGUAGAACCAUGUCCUGAGAUUCUCAAACCUGUGUACGGGAGUGAUGGAAAGGAUUACGACAACGAGUGCUUGUUGAAGUUGGCAGCCUGCAAAUCCAAGAGCCGUAUCCUAAUCGCAGGCUUUGGUCGUUACCCCAAGACCACAACAUCGUCAGCAACUACUGAAGGCACUACUGCGGCAACCCCGACCACAUUGAUUUCCCCGACAACAGAAGCAGGACCUUGCUCUGGUGUGACUUGUGAUUCUCCACCAUACUCCACAUGCAAAGUACAAGACGACAAACCCACAUGUGUAUGCGUAGAACCAUGUCCUGAGAUUCUCAAACCUGUGUACGGGAGUGAUGGAAAGGAUUACGACAACGAGUGCUUGUUGAAGUUGGCAGCCUGCAAAUCCAAGAGCCGUAUCCUAAUCGCAGGCUUUGGUCGUUACCCCAAGACCACAACAUCGUCAGCAACUACUGAAGGCACUACUGCGGCAACUCCGACCACAUUGAUUUCCCCGACAACAGAAGCAGGACCUUGCUCUGGUGUGACUUGUGAUUCUCCACCAUACUCCACAUGCAAAGUACAGGACGACAAACCCACAUGUGUAUGCAUAGAACCAUGUCCUGAGAUUCUCAAACCUGUGUACGGGAGUGAUGGAAAGGAUUACGACAACGAGUGCUUGUUGAAGUUGACAGCCUGCAAAUCCAAGAGCCGUAUCCUAAUCGCAGGCUUUGGUCGUUACCCCAAGACCACAACAUCGUCAGCAACUACUGAAGGCACUACUGCGGCAACUCCGACCACGUUGAUUUCCCCGACAACAGAAGCAGGACCUUGCUCUGGUGUGACUUGUGAUUCUCCACCAUACUCCACAUGCAAAGUACAGGACGACAAACCCACAUGUGUAUGCGUAGAACCAUGUCCUGAGAUUCUCAAACCUGUGUACGGGAGUGAUGGAAGGGAUUACGACAACGAGUGCUUGUUGAAGUUGGCAGCCUGCAAAUCCAAGAGCCGUAUCCUAAUCGCAGGCUUUGGUCGCUACCCCAAGACCACAACAUCGUCAGCAACUACUGAAGGCACUACUGCGGCAACUCCGACCACAUUGAUUUUCCCGACAACAGAAGCAGGACCUUGCUCUGGUGUGACUUGUGAUUCUCCACCAUACUCCACAUGCAAAGUACAGGACGACAAACCCACAUGUGUAUGCGUAGAACCAUGUCCUGAGAUUCUCAAACCUGUGUACGGGAGUGAUGGAAAGGAUUACGACAACGAGUGCUUGUUGAAGUUGGCAGCCUGCAAAUCCAAGAGCCGUAUCCUAAUCGCAGGCUUUGGUCGUUACCCCAAGACCACAACAUCGUCAGCAACUACUGAAGGCACUACUGCGGCAACUCCGACCACAUUGAUUUCCCCGACAACAGAAGCAGGACCUUGCUCUGGUGUGACUUGUGAUUCUCCACCAUACUCCACAUGCAAAGUACAGGACGACAAACCCACAUGUGUAUGCGUAGAACCAUGUCCUGAGAUUCUAAAACCUGUGUACGGGAGUGAUGGAAAGGAUUACGACAACGAGUGCUUGUUGAAGUUGGCAGCCUGCAAAUCCAAGAGCCGCAUCCUUAUCGCAGGCUUUGGUCGUUACCCCAAGACCACAACAUCGUCAGCAACUACUGAAGGCACUACUGCGGCAACUCCGACCACAUUGAUUUCCCCGACAACAGAAGCAGGACCUUGCUCUGGUGUGACUUGUGAUUCUCCACCAUACUCCACAUGCAAAGUACAGGACGACAAACCCACAUGUGUAUGCGUAGAACCAUGUCCUGAGAUUCUCAAACCUGUGUACGGGAGUGAUGGAAAGGAUUACGACAACGAGUGCUUGUUGAAGUUGGCAGCCUGCAAAUCCAAGAGCCGUAUCCUAAUCGCAGGCUUUGGUCGUUACCCCAAGACCACAACAUCGUCAGCAACUACUGAAGGCACUACUGCGGCAACUCCGACCACAUUGAUUUCCCCGACAACAGAAGCAGGACCUUGCUCUGGUGUGACUUGUGAUUCUCCACCAUACUCCACAUGCAAAGUACAGGACGACAAACCCACAUGUGUAUGCGUAGAACCAUGUCCUGAGAUUCUCAAACCUGUGUACGGGAGUGAUGGAAAGGAUUACGACAACGAGUGCUUGUUGAAGUUGGCAGCCUGCAAAUCCAAGAGCCGUAUCCUAAUCGCAGGCUUUGGUCGUUACCCCAAGACCACAACAUCGUCAGCAACUACUGAAGGCACUACUGCGGCAACCCCGACCACAUUGAUUUCCCCGACAACAGAAGCAGGACCUUGCUCUGGUGUGACUUGUGAUUCUCCACCAUACUCCACAUGCAAAGUACAAGACGACAAACCCACAUGUGUAUGCGUAGAACCAUGUCCUGAGAUUCUCAAACCUGUGUACGGGAGUGAUGGAAAGGAUUACGACAACGAGUGCUUGUUGAAGUUGGCAGCCUGCAAAUCCAAGAGCCGUAUCCUAAUCGCAGGCUUUGGUCGUUACCCCAAGACCACAACAUCGUCAGCAACUACUGAAGGCACUACUGCGGCAACUCCGACCACAUUGAUUUCCCCGACAACAGAAGCAGGACCUUGCUCUGGUGUGACUUGUGAUUCUCCACCAUACUCCACAUGCAAAGUACAGGACGACAAACCCACAUGUGUAUGCAUAGAACCAUGUCCUGAGAUUCUCAAACCUGUGUACGGGAGUGAUGGAAAGGAUUACGACAACGAGUGCUUGUUGAAGUUGACAGCCUGCAAAUCCAAGAGCCGUAUCCUAAUCGCAGGCUUUGGUCGUUACCCCAAGACCACAACAUCGUCAGCAACUACUGAAGGCACUACUGCGGCAACUCCGACCACGUUGAUUUCCCCGACAACAGAAGCAGGACCUUGCUCUGGUGUGACUUGUGAUUCUCCACCAUACUCCACAUGCAAAGUACAGGACGACAAACCCACAUGUGUAUGCGUAGAACCAUGUCCUGAGAUUCUCAAACCUGUGUACGGGAGUGAUGGAAGGGAUUACGACAACGAGUGCUUGUUGAAGUUGGCAGCCUGCAAAUCCAAGAGCCGUAUCCUAAUCGCAGGCUUUGGUCGCUACCCCAAGACCACAACAUCGUCAGCAACUACUGAAGGCACUACUGCGGCAACUCCGACCACAUUGAUUUUCCCGACAACAGAAGCAGGACCUUGCUCUGGUGUGACUUGUGAUUCUCCACCAUACUCCACAUGCAAAGUACAGGACGACAAACCCACAUGUGUAUGCGUAGAACCAUGUCCUGAGAUUCUCAAACCUGUGUACGGGAGUGAUGGAAAGGAUUACGACAACGAGUGCUUGUUGAAGUUGGCAGCCUGCAAAUCCAAGAGCCGUAUCCUAAUCGCAGGCUUUGGUCGUUACCCCAAGACCACAACAUCGUCAGCAACUACUGAAGGCACUACUGCGGCAACUCCGACCACAUUGAUUUCCCCGACAACAGAAGCAGGACCUUGCUCUGGUGUGACUUGUGAUUCUCCACCAUACUCCACAUGCAAAGUACAGGACGACAAACCCACAUGUGUAUGCGUAGAACCAUGUCCUGAGAUUCUAAAACCUGUGUACGGGAGUGAUGGAAAGGAUUACGACAACGAGUGCUUGUUGAAGUUGGCAGCCUGCAAAUCCAAGAGCCGCAUCCUUAUCGCAGGCUUUGGUCGUUACCCCAAGACCACAACAUCGUCAGCAACUACUGAAGGCACUACUGCGGCAACUCCGACCACAUUGAUUUCCCCGACAACAGAAGCAGGACCUUGCUCUGGUGUGACUUGUGAUUCUCCACCAUACUCCACAUGCAAAGUACAGGACGACAAACCCACAUGUGUAUGCGUAGAACCAUGUCCUGAGAUUCUAAAACCUGUGUACGGGAGUGAUGGAAAGGAUUACGACAACGAGUGCUUGUUGAAGUUGGCAGCCUGCAAAUCCAAGAGCCGUAUCCUAAUCGCAGGCUUUGGUCGCUACCCCAAGACCACAACAUCGUCAGCAACUACUGAAGGCACUACUGCGGCAACUCCGACCACAUUGAUUUCCCCGACAACGGAAGCAGGACCUUGCUCUGGUGUGACUUGUGAUUCUCCACCAUACUCCACAUGCAAAGUACAGGACGACAAACCCACAUGUGUAUGCGUAGAACCAUGUCCUGAGAUUCUAAAACCUGUGUACGGGAGUGAUGGAAAGGAUUACGACAACGAGUGCUUGUUAAAGUUGGCAGCCUGCAAAUCCAAGAGCCGUAUCCUAAUCGCAGGCUUUGGUCGUUUCCCCAAGACCACAACAUCGUCAGCAACUGGUGAAGGCACUACUGCGGCAACUCCGACCACAUUGAUUUCCCCGACAACAGAAGCAGGACCUUGCUCUGGUGUGACUUGUGAUUCUCCACCAUACUCCACAUGCAAAGUACAGGACGACAAACCCACAUGUGUAUGCGUAGAACCAUGUCCUGAGAUUCUCAAACCUGUGUACGGGAGUGAUGGAAAGGAUUACGACAACGAGUGCUUGUUGAAGUUGGCAGCCUGCAAAUCCAAGAGCCGUAUCCUAAUCGCAGGCUUUGGUCGCUACCCCAAGACCACAACAUCGUCAGCAACUACUGAAGGCACUACUGCGGCAACUCCGACCACAUUGUUUUCCCCGACAACGGAAGCAGGACCUUGCUCUGGUGUGACUUGUGAUUCUCCACCAUACUCCACAUGCAAAGUACAGGACGACAAACCCACAUGUGUAUGCGUAGAACCAUGUCCUGAGAUUCUCAAACCUGUGUACGGGAGUGAUGGAAAGGAUUACGACAACGAGUGCUUGUUGAAGUUGGCAGCCUGCAAAUCCAAGAGCCGUAUCCUAAUCGCAGGCUUUGGUCGUUUCCCCAAGACCACAACAUCGUCAGCAACUACUGAAGGCACUACUGCGGCAACUCCGACCACAUUGAUUUCCCCGACAACAGAAGCAGGACCUUGCUCUGGUGUGACUUGUGAUUCUCCACCAUACUCCACAUGCAAAGUACAGGACGACAAACCCACAUGUGUAUGCGUAGAACCAUGUCCUGAGAUUCUCAAACCUGUGUACGGGAGUGAUGGAAGGGAUUACGACAACGAGUGCUUGUUGAAGUUGGCAGCCUGCAAAUCCAAGAGCCGUAUCCUAAUCGCAGGCUUUGGUCGUUACCCCAAGACCACAACAUCGUCAGCAACUACUGAAGGCACUACUGCGGCAACUCCGACCACAUUGAUUUCCCCAACAACAGAAGCAGGACCUUGCUCUGGUGUAACUUGUGAUUCUCCACCAUACUCCACAUGCAAAGUACAGGACGACAAACCCACAUGUGUAUGCGUAGAACCAUGUCCUGAGAUUCUUAAACCUGUGUACGGGAGUGAUGGAAAGGAUUACGACAAUGAGUGCUUGUUGAAGUUGGCAGCCUGCAAAUCCAAGAGCCGUAUCCUAAUCGCAGGCUUUGGUCGCUACCCCAAGAGCACAACAUCGUCAGCAACUACUGAAGGCACUACUGCGGCAACUCCGACCACAUUGAUUUCCCCGACAACAGAAGCAGGACCUUGCUCUGGUGUAACUUGUGAUUCUCCACCAUACUCCACAUGCAAAGUACAGGACGACAAACCCACAUGUGUAUGCGUAGAACCAUGUCCUGAGAUUCUCAAACCUGUGUACGGGAGUGAUGGAAAGGAUUACGACAACGAGUGCUUGUUGAAGUUGUCAGCCUGCAAAUCCAAGAGCCGUAUCCUAAUCGCAGGCUUUGGUCGUUACCCCAAGACCACAACAUCGUCAGCAACUUCUGAAGGCACUACUGCGGCAACUCCGACCACGUUGAUUUCCCCGACAACAGAAGCAGGACCUUGCUCUGGUGUGACUUGUGAUUCUCCACCAUACUCCACAUGCAAAGUACAGGACGACAAACCCACAUGUGUAUGCGUAGAACCAUGUCCUGAGAUUCUCAAACCUGUGUACGGGAGUGAUGGAAGGGAUUACGACAACGAGUGCUUGUUGAAGUUGGCAGCCUGCAAAUCCAAGAGCCGUAUCCUAAUCGCAGGCUUUGGUCGCUACCCCAAGACCACAACAUCGUCAGCAACUACUGAAGGCACUACUGCGGCAACUCCGACCACAUUGAUUUUCCCGACAACAGAAGCAGGACCUUGCUCUGGUGUGACUUGUGAUUCUCCACCAUACUCCACAUGCAAAGUACAGGACGACAAACCCACAUGUGUAUGCGUAGAACCAUGUCCUGAGAUUCUCAAACCUGUGUACGGGAGUGAUGGAAAGGAUUACGACAACGAGUGCUUGUUGAAGUUGGCAGCCUGCAAAUCCAAGAGCCGUAUCCUAAUCGCAGGCUUUGGUCGUUACCCCAAGACCACAACAUCGUCAGCAACUACUGAAGGCACUACUGCGGCAACUCCGACCACAUUGAUUUCCCCGACAACAGAAGCAGGACCUUGCUCUGGUGUGACUUGUGAUUCUCCACCAUACUCCACAUGCAAAGUACAGGACGACAAACCCACAUGUGUAUGCGUAGAACCAUGUCCUGAGAUUCUAAAACCUGUGUACGGGAGUGAUGGAAAGGAUUACGACAACGAGUGCUUGUUGAAGUUGGCAGCCUGCAAAUCCAAGAGCCGUAUCCUAAUCGCAGGCUUUGGUCGAUACCCCAAGACCACAACAUCGUCAGCAACUACUGAAGGCACUACUGCGGCAACUCCGACCACAUUGAUUUCCCCGACAACAGAAGCAGGACCUUGCUCUGGUGUGACUUGUGAUUCUCCACCAUACUCCACAUGCAAAGUACAGGACGACAAACCCACAUGUGUAUGCGUAGAACCAUGUCCUGAGAUUCUCAAACCUGUGUACGGGAGUGAUGGAAGGGAUUACGACAACGAGUGCUUGUUGAAGUUGGCAGCCUGCAAAUCCAAGAGCCGUAUCCUAAUCGCAGGCUUUGGUCGCUACCCCAAGACCGCAACAUCGUCAGCAACUACUGAAGGCACUACUGCGGCAACUCCGACCACAUUGAUUUCCCCGACAACUGAAGCAGGACCUUGCUCUGGUGUGACUUGUGAUUCUCCACCAUACUCCACAUGCAAAGUACAGGACGACAAACCCACAUGUGUAUGCGUAGAACCAUGUCCUGAGAUUCUCAAACCUGUGUACGGGAGUGAUGGAAAGGAUUACGACAACGAGUGCUUGUUGAAGUUGGCAGCCUGCAAAUCCAAGAGCCGUAUCCUAAUCGCAGGCUUUGGUCGUUUCCCCAAGACCACAACAUCGUCAGCAACUACUGAAGGCACUACUGCGGCAACUCCGACCACAUUGAUUUCCCCGACAACGGAAGCAGGACCUUGCUCUGGUGUGACUUGUGAUUCUCCACCAUACUCCACAUGCAAAGUACAGGACGACAAACCCACAUGUGUAUGCGUAGAACCAUGUCCUGAGAUUCUCAAACCUGUGUACGGGAGUGAUGGAAAGGAUUACGACAACGAGUGCUUGUUGAAGUUGGCAGCCUGCAAAUCCAAGAGCCGUAUCCUAAUCGCAGGCUUUGGUCGUUACCCCAAGACCACAACAUCGUCAGCAACUACUGAAGGCACUACUGCGGCAACUCCGACCACAUUGAUUUCCCCGACAACAGAAGCAGGACCUUGCUCUGGUGUGACUUGUGAUUCUCCACCAUACUCCACAUGCAAAGUACAGGACGACAAACCCACAUGUGUAUGCGUAGAACCAUGUCCUGAGAUUCUCAAACCUGUGUACGGGAGUGAUGGAAGGGAUUACGACAACGAGUGCUUGUUGAAGUUGGCAGCCUGCAAAUCCAAGAGCCGUAUCCUAAUCGCAGGCUUUGGUCGUUACCCCAAGACCACAACAUCGUCAGCAACUACUGAAGGCACUACUGCGGCAACUCCGACCACAUUGAUUUCCCCAACAACAGAAGCAGGACCUUGCUCUGGUGUAACUUGUGAUUCUCCACCAUACUCCACAUGCAAAGUACAGGACGACAAACCCACAUGUGUAUGCGUAGAACCAUGUCCUGAGAUUCUUAAACCUGUGUACGGGAGUGAUGGAAAGGAUUACGACAAUGAGUGCUUGUUGAAGUUGGCAGCCUGCAAAUCCAAGAGCCGUAUCCUAAUCGCAGGCUUUGGUCGCUACCCCAAGAGCACAACAUCGUCAGCAACUACUGAAGGCACUACUGCGGCAACUCCGACCACAUUGAUUUCCCCGACAACAGAAGCAGGACCUUGCUCUGGUGUAACUUGUGAUUCUCCACCAUACUCCACAUGCAAAGUACAGGACGACAAACCCACAUGUGUAUGCGUAGAACCAUGUCCUGAGAUUCUCAAACCUGUGUACGGGAGUGAUGGAAAGGAUUACGACAACGAGUGCUUGUUGAAGUUGUCAGCCUGCAAAUCCAAGAGCCGUAUCCUAAUCGCAGGCUUUGGUCGUUACCCCAAGACCACAACAUCGUCAGCAACUUCUGAAGGCACUACUGCGGCAACUCCGACCACGUUGAUUUCCCCGACAACAGAAGCAGGACCUUGCUCUGGUGUGACUUGUGAUUCUCCACCAUACUCCACAUGCAAAGUACAGGACGACAAACCCACAUGUGUAUGCGUAGAACCAUGUCCUGAGAUUCUCAAACCUGUGUACGGGAGUGAUGGAAGGGAUUACGACAACGAGUGCUUGUUGAAGUUGGCAGCCUGCAAAUCCAAGAGCCGUAUCCUAAUCGCAGGCUUUGGUCGCUACCCCAAGACCACAACAUCGUCAGCAACUACUGAAGGCACUACUGCGGCAACUCCGACCACAUUGAUUUUCCCGACAACAGAAGCAGGACCUUGCUCUGGUGUGACUUGUGAUUCUCCACCAUACUCCACAUGCAAAGUACAGGACGACAAACCCACAUGUGUAUGCGUAGAACCAUGUCCUGAGAUUCUCAAACCUGUGUACGGGAGUGAUGGAAAGGAUUACGACAACGAGUGCUUGUUGAAGUUGGCAGCCUGCAAAUCCAAGAGCCGUAUCCUAAUCGCAGGCUUUGGUCGUUACCCCAAGACCACAACAUCGUCAGCAACUACUGAAGGCACUACUGCGGCAACUCCGACCACAUUGAUUUCCCCGACAACAGAAGCAGGACCUUGCUCUGGUGUGACUUGUGAUUCUCCACCAUACUCCACAUGCAAAGUACAGGACGACAAACCCACAUGUGUAUGCGUAGAACCAUGUCCUGAGAUUCUAAAACCUGUGUACGGGAGUGAUGGAAAGGAUUACGACAACGAGUGCUUGUUGAAGUUGGCAGCCUGCAAAUCCAAGAGCCGUAUCCUAAUCGCAGGCUUUGGUCGAUACCCCAAGACCACAACAUCGUCAGCAACUACUGAAGGCACUACUGCGGCAACUCCGACCACAUUGAUUUCCCCGACAACAGAAGCAGGACCUUGCUCUGGUGUGACUUGUGAUUCUCCACCAUACUCCACAUGCAAAGUACAGGACGACAAACCCACAUGUGUAUGCGUAGAACCAUGUCCUGAGAUUCUCAAACCUGUGUACGGGAGUGAUGGAAGGGAUUACGACAACGAGUGCUUGUUGAAGUUGGCAGCCUGCAAAUCCAAGAGCCGUAUCCUAAUCGCAGGCUUUGGUCGCUACCCCAAGACCGCAACAUCGUCAGCAACUACUGAAGGCACUACUGCGGCAACUCCGACCACAUUGAUUUCCCCGACAACUGAAGCAGGACCUUGCUCUGGUGUGACUUGUGAUUCUCCACCAUACUCCACAUGCAAAGUACAGGACGACAAACCCACAUGUGUAUGCGUAGAACCAUGUCCUGAGAUUCUCAAACCUGUGUACGGGAGUGAUGGAAAGGAUUACGACAACGAGUGCUUGUUGAAGUUGGCAGCCUGCAAAUCCAAGAGCCGUAUCCUAAUCGCAGGCUUUGGUCGUUUCCCCAAGACCACAACAUCGUCAGCAACUACUGAAGGCACUACUGCGGCAACUCCGACCACAUUGAUUUCCCCGACAACGGAAGCAGGACCUUGCUCUGGUGUGACUUGUGAUUCUCCACCAUACUCCACAUGCAAAGUACAGGACGACAAACCCACAUGUGUAUGCGUAGAACCAUGUCCUGAGAUUCUCAAACCUGUGUACGGGAGUGAUGGAAAGGAUUACGACAACGAGUGCUUGUUGAAGUUGGCAGCCUGCAAAUCCAAGAGCCGUAUCCUAAUCGCAGGCUUUGGUCGUUACCCCAAGACCACAACAUCGUCAGCAACUACUGAAGGCACUACUGCGGCAACUCCGACCACAUUGAUUUCCCCAACAACAGAAGCAGGACCUUGCUCUGGUGUGACUUGUGAUUCUCCACCAUACUCCACAUGCAAAGUACAGGACGACAAACCCACAUGUGUAUGCGUAGAACCAUGUCCUGAGAUUCUUAAACCUGUGUACGGGAGUGAUGGAAAGGAUUACGACAACGAGUGCUUGUUGAAGUUGGCAGCCUGCAAAUCCAAGAGCCGUAUCCUAAUCGCAGGCUUUGGUCGCUACCCCAAGAGCACAACAUCGUCAGCAACUACUGAAGGCACUACUGCGGCAACUCCGACCACAUUGAUUUCCCCGACAACAGAAGCAGGACCUUGCUCUGGUGUAACUUGUGAUUCUCCACCAUACUCCACAUGCAAAGUACAGGACGACAAACCCACAUGUGUAUGCGUAGAACCAUGUCCUGAGAUUCUCAAACCUGUGUACGGGAGUGAUGGAAAGGAUUACGACAACGAGUGCUUGUUGAAGUUGUCAGCCUGCAAAUCCAAGAGCCGUAUCCUAAUCGCAGGCUUUGGUCGUUACCCCAAGACAACAACAUCGUCAGCAACUACUGAAGAUCCUUGCACAAAUGCAGUAUGCACUGCCCCUUUUGCCAUCUGCUUGGCGGUGGAAAGAGAGGCGAUUUGUACCUGUCGCUCCUGCCCUUUGAUCAACAUACCGGUUUGUGGUUCGGAUGGUGCUCAGUACGAUAGCGAAUGCGCCUUGCAGCAGCAGGCCUGCCAAACCGACACUGAUAUCACAGUGAUCAGCGAAGGACCUUGUCCGACGACUGAGCCACUGACUUCCACUAAAGUGACCACAACUGCAGCUGAUCCAUGUGCUGGCUUCAACUGCGAUUCACCGCCGUUCUCGACAUGUAAAGUUCAGGAUGACGGCAAACCAGCUUGCGUGUGUCCACCCAAAUGCGAGAAAGUCUACGACCCCGUCUAUGGAUCAGAUGGAAAGAACUACGACAAUGAGUGCGAGCUUAAACGGGCAGCGUGCACAUCCAAUAGACGUAUCAUCUUGGCCGGCAGAGGACGUGUCCCAACCACAACACCACUGCCAACUACAACACCUUUACCAACAACUGAAGCAACGACUACUGAACUUCCAACAACACCAGAUCCAUGUGCUGGCUUUAGCUGCGAUUCACCACCGUUCUCGACAUGUAAAGUUCAGGAUGACGGCAAACCAGCUUGCGUGUGUCCACCCCAGUGCGAGAAAGUCUACGACCCAGUCUAUGGAUCAGAUGGAAAGAAUUACGACAACGAGUGCGAGCUUAAACGGGCAGCGUGCACAUCCAAUAGACGUAUCAUUUUGGCCGGCAGAGGACGUGUCCCAACCACAACUCCAGUGCCAACGACAACGCAAGAUCCAUGCGCUGGCUUUAACUGCGAUUCACCGCCGUACUCGACAUGCAAAGUUCAGGAUAACGGCAAACCAGCUUGCGUGUGUCAAUCUGGAUGUUCAAAGAUUCUUAAGCGCGUGCGCGGAUCAGACGGCAAGAUCUACGACAAUGAGUGUUUGCUGAAACUAGCAGCUUGUACCACCAACAAGCGUAUUAUUUUGGAGGCCUUCCUGGGACCGCCAACCACGCCAACACCUACCACAACGCCAAUUCCGAGAACGGAAGUGACCCGCCCCUCUACACCAACUACAGGAGCGUACCCAUGUGUCGGCUAUCUGUGCACAUGGCCGCCUUACUCUACCUGUCGGGUGAGUGAUGGUAAGCCAAGCUGCGUGUGUCCUCCUGGUUGCCCUAAGAUCUUGCGACAUGUCUGUGGCUCCGAUGGCACAACCUACGACAAUAGCUGCUUGCUAAGGCUGACUGCUUGUCAACAGAAGAAACGAAUAAGAGUCAGGGGCUUUGGACAUUGUCCAUCCACACCGAAGCCCAGUGUUACUCCAAGCCCAACAGUGGACCCUUGCUCUGGUUAUCAGUGCAAGUCACCGCCCUUCUCGACUUGCCGGGCUCAAGAUGGCAAGCCCGUGUGUGUCUGCCCGCCUGGCUGUCCGUCUGAAGUGAAGCCCGUUUGUGGAACUGAUGGCGUCACGUACGAUAAUCUGUGCUCCCUGAGACUCAAGGCGUGUACAGACAACACCAGGACGCGGUUCAAAGCCUUCGGAGAAUGUGGUAGAACUACCGUUCCUCCGGUAUCCACAAGCAGCCCGACCCCUACCCCACAAGAUCCGUGCACUGGCUUCAACUGCGACACACCGCCGUACUCAACAUGUAAAGUUCAGGAUGACGGCAAACCAGCUUGCGUGUGUCCUUCUAAAUGUCCCGAGAUUCUUAAGCGCGUGCGUGGAUCAGACGGCAAGAUCUACGACAAUGAGUGUUUGCUGAAACAGGCAGCUUGUACCACCAACAAGCGUAUAAUUAUGGAGGCCUUCUUGGGACCACCCACCACGCCACCCCCUAUAACGACGGCAAUUCCGACAACGAAAGCAACCGCAACUCCAGUACCAACCACAACUUCUCUGCCAUCGACAACCCAAGUACCGACGACGCAAGAUCCAUGUGCUGGCUUCAACUGUGAUUCACCACCGUACUCGACAUGUAAAGUUCAGGAUGACGACAAACCAGCUUGCGUGUGUCCACCCAAAUGCGAGAAAGUCUACGACCCAGUCUAUGGAUCAGAUGGAAAGAACUACGACAACGAGUGCGAGCUUAAACGGGCAGCGUGCACAUCCAAUAGACGUAUCAUUUUGGCCGGCAGAGGACGUGUCCCAACUACAUCACCACCCACCACAACACCCGUGCCGACAAGUCCUGAUGAUCCAUGUGCUGGCUUCAACUGCGAUUCACCACCGUACUCGACAUGUAAAGUUCAGGAUGACGACAAACCAGCUUGCGUGUGUCCACCCAAAUGCGAGAAAGUCUACGACCCAGUCUAUGGAUCAGAUGGAAAGAACUACGACAACGAGUGCGAGCUUAAACGGGCAGCGUGCACAUCCAAUAGACGUAUCAUUUUGGCCGGCAGAGGACGUGUCCCAACUACAUCACCACCCACCACAACACCCGUGCCGACAAGUCCUGAUGAUCCAUGUGCUGGCUUCAACUGCGAUUCACCACCGUACUCGACCUGUAAAGUUCAGGAUGACGACAAACCAGCUUGCGUGUGUCAAUCUGGAUGUUCAAAGAUUCUUAAGCGCGUGCGCGGAUCAGACGGCAAGAUCUACGACAAUGAGUGUUUGCUGAAACUAGCAGCUUGUACCACCAACAAGCGAAUUAUUUUGGAGGCCUUCCUGGGACCGCCAACCACUCCGCCAUCUACAACAACACCAGUUCCAACAACAAAAGAUCUUUGUGAGGGAGUUGAAUGCGACGCACCUUAUGCCACUUGUGUGAGCGUAGACGGGACCCCGACAUGCGUCUGCCCGCGAAGGUGUCCCAAGAAGCUUAUGCCAGUGUGCGGCUCCGAUGGCAAAACAUACAACAAUGAGUGUCUAAUGCGAGCUGCCUCUUGCAAAGCCAAUAAAAAUAUCACCGUAUCUAGCUACUUCCCUUGUCCGGAGACAGUUCCUCCAAUCACUACUACUUCUCCGCCAUCGCAAGUGAAAUGUAAAGGGAUUGUUGAUGUCGCUUUCUUGGUCGACUCGUCUGGUAGCAUCGGACGCAGAAACUGGGUCAAGAUGAAGGCCUUUGUGAAUAGUGUCAUCAAGGAAUUCACUGUUGGACCCGAUGGAAAUCACAUGGCCGCCGUCGUAUACAGCACAGGGGCAGAAGUAGCAUUCGACUUUAACUCUUUGCAAGGUUCACAAAUUACUGUAGAGGGCUAUAAGACAUUUGUGGACCGCAUGCGACACCAGCGAGGAUACACAUUUAUUGACAAGGCGCUCGCUUUAGCAAACGAGCAGGUCUUCACUACCGCUAAAGGAAUGAGAACCAAUGUUGCGAAGGUUGCAAUUGUUAUAACUGACGGCAUCCAAACCAAAGAUCAAGGUCCCUUCACCCAGCUUGAUAGAGCUGCUCAACCCAUCAAGGAGAAGGGAGUGAAUAUCUACGCUCUUGGAAUCGGCACAGAUCUGGACUUGCCAGACUUGAAGCGCAUGGCUAGCUCUGCUGACAACGUGCUCACGGCUGAAUCCUUUGACGACUUGUUGAUUGUGAUUGAUGAGAUCAAAUCCAAGAUCUGCCUCCAAGUCCCUGUUGGAACACUCCCACCAACAACGUUAACAGCCCCGACGACAACCCAAGCACCAACAACAGCUGAUCCAUGUGCUGGCUUCAACUGCGAUUCACCACCGUACUCGACAUGUGAAGUUCAGGAUGACGGCAAACCAGCUUGCGUGUGUCCACCCAAAUGCGAGAAAGUCUACGACCCCGUCUAUGGAUCAGAUGGAAAGAAUUACGACAACGAGUGCGAGCUUAAACGGGCAGCUUGCACAACCAACAAACGUAUUAUCUUGGCCGGCAGAGGACGUGUCCCAACCACAAAAUCACUGCCAACUACAACACCUCUACCAACAACUGAAGCAACGACUACUGAACUUCCAACAACACCAGAUCCAUGUGCUGGCUUUAGCUGCGAUUCACCACCGUACUCGACAUGUAAAGUUCAGGAUGACGGCAAACCAUCUUGCGUGUGUCCACCCAAAUGCGAGAAAGUCUACGACCCUGUCUAUGGAUCAGAUGGAAAGAAUUACGACAACGAGUGCGAGCUUAAACGGGCAGCUUGCACAACCAACAAACGUAUUAUCUUGGCCGGCAGAGGACGUGUCCCAACCACAAAAUCACUGCCAACUACAACACCUCUACCAACUGAAGCAACGACUACUGAACUUCCAACAACACCAGAUCCAUGUGCUGGCUUUAGCUGCGAUUCACCACCGUACUCGACAUGUAAAGUUCAGGAUGACGGCAAACCAUCUUGCGUGUGUCCACCCAAAUGCGAGAAAGUCUACGACCCUGUCUAUGGAUCAGAUGGAAAGAAUUACGACAACGAGUGCGAGCUUAAACGGGCAGCUUGCACAACCAACAAACGCAUUAUCUUGGCCGGCACAACCACAACACCACUGCCAACUACAACACCUCUACCAACAACUGCAGCAACGACUGUUGCACUUCCAACAACACCAGUUGAGUGCAAGGGAAUCGUUGAUUUGGCGUUUUUGGUAGACUCCUCUGGUAGUAUCGGACGCAGAAACUGGGUCAAGAUGAAGGCCUUUGUGAAUAGUGUCAUCAAGGAGUUCACUGUUGGACCCGAUGGAAAUCACAUGGCCGCCGUCGUAUACAGCACAGGGGCAGAAGUAGCAUUCGACUUUAACUCUUUGCAAGGUUCACAAAUUACUGUAGAGGGCUAUAAGACAUUUGUGGACCGCAUGCGACACCAGCGAGGAUACACAUUUAUUGACAAGGCGCUCGCUUUAGCAAACGAGCAGGUCUUCACUACCGCUAGGGGAAUGAGAACCAAUGUUGCGAAGGUUGCAAUUGUUAUAACUGACGGCAUCCAAACCAAAGAUCAAGGUCCCUUCACCCAGCUUGAUAGAGCUGCUCAACCCAUCAAGGAGAAGGGAGUGAAUAUCUACGCUCUUGGAAUCGGCACAAAUCUGGACUUGCCCGACUUGAAGCGCAUGGCUAGCUCUGCUGAUAACGUGCUCACGGCUGAAUCCUUUGACGACUUGUUGAUUGUGAUUGAUGAGAUCAAAUCCAAGAUCUGCCUCCAAGUCCCUGUUGGAACACUCCCACCAACAACGUUAGCAGCCCCGACGACAACCCAAGCACCAACAACAGCUGAUCCAUGUGCUGGCUUCAACUGCGAUUCACCACCGUACUCGACAUGUGAAGUUCAGGAUGACGGCAAACCAGCUUGCGUGUGUCCACCCAAAUGCGAGAAAGUCUACGACCCCGUCUAUGGAUCAGAUGGAAAGAAUUACGACAACGAGUGCGAGCUUAAACGGGCAGCUUGCACAACCAACAAACGUAUUAUCUUGGCCGACAGAGGACGUGUCCCAACCACAAAAUCACUGCCAACUACAACACCUCUACCAACAACUGAAGCAACGACUACUGAACUUCCAACAACACCAGAUCCAUGUGCUGGCUUUAGCUGCGAUUCACCACCGUACUCGACAUGUAAAGUUCAGGAUGACGGCAAACCAUCUUGCGUGUGUCCACCCAAAUGCGAGAAAGUCUACGACCCUGUCUAUGGAUCAGAUGGAAAGAAUUACGACAACGAGUGCGAGCUUAAACGGGCAGCUUGCACAACCAACAAACGCAUUAUCUUGGCCGGCAGAGGACGUGUUCCAACCACAACACCACUGCCAACUACAACACCUCUACCAACAACUGCAGCAACGACUGUUGCACUUCCAACAACACCAGUUGAGUGCAAGGGAAUCGUUGAUUUGGCGUUUUUGGUAGACUCCUCUGGUAGUAUCGGACGCAGAAACUGGGUCAAGAUGAAGGCCUUUGUGAAUAGUGUCAUCAAGGAGUUCACUGUUGGACCCGAUGGAAAUCACAUGGCCGCCGUCGUAUACAGCACAGGGGCAGAAGUAGCAUUCGACUUUAACUCUUUGCAAGGUUCACAAAUUACUGUAGAGGGCUAUAAGACAUUUGUGGACCGCAUGCGACACCAGCGAGGAUACACAUUUAUUGACAAGGCGCUCGCUUUAGCAAACGAGCAGGUCUUCACUACCGCUAAAGGAAUGAGAACCAAUGUUGCGAAGGUUGCAAUUGUUAUAACUGACGGCAUCCAAACCAAAGAUCAAGGUCCCUUCACCCAGCUUGAUAGAGCUGCUCAACCCAUCAAGGAGAAGGGAGUGAAUAUCUACGCUCUUGGAAUCGGCACAAAUCUGGACUUGCCCGACUUGAAGCGCAUGGCUAGCUCUGCUGAUAACGUGCUCACGGCUGAAUCCUUUGACGACUUGUUGAUUGUGAUUGAUGAGAUCAAAUCCAAGAUCUGCCUCCAAGUCCCUGUUGGAACACUCCCACCAACAACGUUAGCAGCCCCGACGACAACCCAAGCACCAACAACAGCUGAUCCAUGUGCUGGCUUCAACUGCGAUUCACCACCGUACUCGACAUGUAAAGUUCAGGAUGACGGCAAACCAGCUUGCGUGUGUCCACCCAAAUGCGAGAAAGUCUACGACCCCGUCUAUGGAUCAGAUGGAAAGAAUUACGACAACGAGUGCGAGCUUAAACGGGCAGCUUGCACAACCAACAAACGUAUUAUCUUGGCCGGCAGAGGACGUGUCCCAACCACAACACCACUGCCAACUACAACACCUCCACCAACAACUGAAGCAACGACUACUGAACUUCCAACAACACCAGAUCCAUGUGCUGGCUUUAGCUGCGAUUCACCACCGUACUCGACAUGUAAAGUUCAGGAUGACGGCAAACCAGCUUGCGUGUGUCCACCCAAAUGCGAGAAAGUCUACGACCCCGUCUAUGGAUCAGAUGGAAAGAAUUACGACAACGAGUGCGAGCUUAAACGGGCAGCUUGCACAACCAACAAACGCAUUAUCUUGGCCGGCAGAGGACGUGUCCCAACCACAACACCACUGCCAACUACAACACCUCUACCAACAACUGCAGCAACGACUGUUGCACUUCCAACAACACCAGUUGAGUGCAAGGGAAUCGUUGAUUUGGCGUUUUUGGUAGACUCCUCUGGUAGUAUCGGACGCAGAAACUGGGUCAAGAUGAAGGCCUUUGUGAAUAGUGUCAUCAAGGAGUUCACUGUUGGACCCGAUGGAAAUCACAUGGCCGCCGUCGUAUACAGCACAGAGGCAGAAGUAGCAUUCGACUUUAACUCUUUGCAAGGUUCACAAAUUACUGUAGAGGGCUAUAAGACAUUUGUGGACCGCAUGCGACACCAGCGAGGAUACACAUUUAUUGACAAGGCGCUCGCUUUAGCAAACGAGCAGGUCUUCACUACCGCUAAAGGAAUGAGAACCAAUGUUGCGAAGGUUGCAGUUGUUAUAACUGACGGCAUCCAAACCAAAGAUCAAGGUCCCUUCACCCAGCUUGACAGAGCUUCUCAACCCAUCAAGGAGAAGGGUGUGAAUAUCUACGCUCUUGGAAUCGGCACAGAUCUUGACUUGCCCGACUUGAAGCGCAUGGCUAGCUCUGCUGACAACGUGCUCACGGCUAAAUCCUUUGACGAUUUGCUGAUUGUUAUUGAUGAGAUCAAGUCAAAGGUUUGCCUCGAUGUACCAGUGGGGACAUUACCGCCAUUACCAACGACCACACAAAUAUUGCCGACGACACCAGCAAAAUGCGAUGGGGUCGUAGACUUGAGUUUCAUUGUCGACUCUUCUGGCAGUAUUGGGCGAAGAAACUGGGACAAGAUGAAAGCAUUCUUGAAGGACUUUGUAAGAGCCUUCAAUGUCGGACCUGAUAAGAAUCACGUGGCUGCAAUUGCAUACAGCACAGAUGCAGAGGUGGUGUUCGACUUUAACCGUCUAAAAGGUUCCAGCGUGACUGUGUCGGCGUACGAAUCUCUUCUCGAUGGCAUGCCACAUCAAAAGGGUUUAACGUAUAUUGACAAAGCCUUGCUUCUAGCAGAUUCAAGUAUAUUUAGGACUGCUGCCGGCAUGCGUCCAAAUGCGGUCAAGUUCGCAAUCGUACUGACAGAUGGUCAGCAGACUAAAGACAGAGGACCUUACACUGCUCUUGACGUGGCAUCUCAGCCGUUAAAGGAUAGGGGAGUACAUGUAUAUUCUGUCGGCAUCGGUCUUGACGUCGAUAUCUUUGAGCUCGCACAAAUUGCUUCAAAGGACGAGAACGUGUUCUCCGCUACAUCAUUCGACACAUUGUCCGGACUAGGACAGCAGAUACUUCAACAUUUCUGCGCUUACUUGUCGACCUUACCGAAGCAGACAACCGCACAUGUUUUGUCAACUUCCCCUCAGCCAACGAGCUUAGCUCCUCUUGUUGGGGCGCCGGGAUCUCUGGAUGUCGGUAUUGUGGCUGAUUCCUCUGAGGACAUUUCACCUGAAGACUGGGACAAAAUCAAGAGAUUUAUGAGAACAUUUGUUGGCAGGUUCCCUAAAGUUUCUUCUAGCCCAGAUGGCACGCGUUUUGGUCUUAUCAGCUAUUCUGAGAAUCCCGCAGUCCACUUUGACUUCCGGGCGCUUGAAGGUUCGCGGCUGAACACCGGAGAAGUACAAAAACUUGUAGACAGCACCCCGCGACGCCCUGGCGCCACAAGGAGACUUGAUCGUGCACUUUAUAUGGCAGAGACAGACCUGUUCAGCAACAAAGGUGGAGCCAGACAAGGCUCGCAAAAGUAUUUGCUGGUUAUGGUGACAGCCCCACAAGGAACAGAUAAACCUUACACAGAACCAUCCGAGAUAGCCAAGCGCCUCCAAGCAAAUGGUGUCAGGAUUUACCCAGUAGCUAUCGGAAAUGUGAAACAGUCGGAAGUCCUGGGACUAACGCCCCACGCGGAUGAUGUUGUCUAUGCCCCAGGGUAUACAGAGCUACAGCCGAAAGCUGCUAGCUUGGCACCGGCUCUUCAGAAAGAUCGACCUGUAUCCUUUAUGGACGUGGUGUUUCUGGUUGACUCGUCAGUUACUGUUGACUGGCGUAGCAUGCUUGCCUUCGCCAAAUCUUUCUUACGCUGGUUCUACAUUACCCCUGAUGACACACACGUCGCCUUUGUAUCAUAUAGUGAUGGUGCAGACAUCGCCUUCUCGUUCCCUAUAAUUCGGCCAGGCCAGCGCUACAGUGUAGAUGAUGUACGCUCAUUUAUUGAUCGUGCUAGAUGGCUCAGGGGUAUACAGAGGAAUCUCUAUGCUGGAUUACAGUUGGUGCCUACUGUCUUCUCAAAACAAUAUGGUGGCAGACCUGAAGCGAGAAAGAUUCUGCUGAUAUUCACGGGGGGAUCCUGGGCGCCGCAGUACCGGUCCUUCCGCCAGAGAAGCCUGAACCAAUUAAAGAACAGCGAAGUUGAGGUUUUCACCAUGGGCAUUGGGAGAGGUAUUAACAAACCACAACUAAAUGAAGCUGCAAGCAGGCCAAACAACGUCUUCACCGCUCCAUCAUACGCUGAAAUGCCCAAGGAGGAACGACCUUUGGUCGAAACCAUAGUAUUCGGCUCGACAAAGCGUGAUCAGCCUGUCGAUUACUCUGGCGCGCUGGAUGUAGGAAUCCUAGUUGAUUCCUCUGAGGACAUUAGCCCUCAAAACUGGCAACAGAUCAUCGCUUAUACCAAAGACUUUGUUGGGCGAUUCCCGAACGUCUCACCUUCUUCACAAGGCACUAGGUUUGGCCUGAUCAGCUACGCAAACAACCCCGCCAUCCAUUUCAACUUUAAGGCCCUACAAGGUCAAGCAAUCAGCACCAAUGGCUUCCAAAGACUGAUCGAGUCGACACCAAGACGUCCUGGCAGUGACAGGAGGAUUGAUCUGGCUUUGCAAAUGGCCCAGAACGACCUCUUCAGCACCAACGGUGGAGCCCGCGAAGGUGCAAGGAGGUACCUCCUUGUUAUCGUUACUGGGCCCCAGUGGACAAGUGGACAAUACACAAGACCAUCUGAAGUUGCAAAACAGUUGCGUGAUUCCGGUUAUAAAAUCUACACAGUUGGUGUUGGAGGAAACUUCAGACGUCCCGAGGUGCGAGGCAUGGCGAAUGGAGCAGGAUAUGUCACAUACAUUCCUGAUUACCCACAAAUGAAGGCAUCGGCAGCAGACUUGGCACCUGCAUUUGCAGAAGGUCGUCCUCGCUACUAUGACGUCGUGUUUGUUGUCGACUCAUCUGGAGGCGUCGACUGGCAGCAGAUGCAGACCUUCGCCAAGAACUUCAUCGAUUACUUCGACAUCAGUCCACAGGGCACACAUGUCGCCUUCGUUAAAUACAGUAGUGGCGUAGACGUGGCUUUCUCCUUCCCCACCUUAGUUUCCCCCGACUCUCAAUACACAGCUGCCGGCGUUAAGCGAUUAAUCGAUAGAGUACGACAGGACAGCAGUGAUCAACGUAACGUACAGAUGGGACUUCAGAUGGCGAGGAACUUGUUCAACCCUCAGUUUGGUGGCCGUCCUGAUGCACGAAGGCUUGUGUUGCUCUUCACUGGAGGGAUGUGGCCCACAAGGUAUAGCUCUCAAUGGGUCCGCGAGGUUCAGCAACUUACGAACGCCAAGGCUGUGGUCUACACUAUUGGUGUCGGUCCAAACGUCAAUAGAGCUCAGCUAGAGACCACCAUCACGUCUCCCAACAACUUGUUCACCCCCAAUUCGUACUCCGCCCUGCCUCAAGAGAGCAAACCACUCAUACAGACGGUCAUCUUUGGAUCGGCAAGGCGAGAGCAACCGGAUGCCGGCGCGCUGGAUGUAGGAAUCCUAGUUGAUUCCUCUGAGGACAUAAGCCCUCAAAACUGGCAACAGAUAAUCGCUUAUGCCAAAGACUUUGUUGGGCGAUUCCCGAACGUCUCACCUUCUUCACAAGGCACUCGGCUUGGCCUCAUCAGCUACGCAAACAACCCCGCCAUCCAUUUCAACUUCAAAGCCCUUCAAGGUCAAGCAAUCAGCACCAAUGGCUUCCAAAGACUGAUCGACUUAACACCAAGACGUCCAGGCAGUAACAGGAGAAUUGAUCUGGCUUUGCAAAUGGCCCAGAACGACCUGUUCAGUACCAACGGUGGAGCCCGCCAAGGUGCAAGGAGGCACCUCCUUGUUAUUGUUACCGGGCCCCAGUGGACAGAUGGACAAUACACCAGACCAUCUGAAGUUGCCAAACAGUUGCGUGACUCCGGUUAUAAAAUCUACACAGUUGGUGUUGGAGGAAACUUCAGACGUCCUGAGGUGCGAGGCAUGGCAAAUGGAGCAGGAUACGUCACAUACAUUCCUGAUUACCCACAAAUGAAGACAUCGGGAGCAGACUUGGCACCUGCAUUUACACAAGGACGACCGCUAUACUAUGACCUGGCAUUUGUCGUUGACUCCUCUCGAGACGUCAUCUGGCCAAGGGCACAGGCUUUUGCAAAGAACUUUGUCGACUACUUUGAUAUCAGUCCCCAGGGCACGCACGUUGCCUUCCUAAAGUACAGCAACGGAGCAGAUGUCGGAUUUUCGUUCCCUCUUUCUAGCGACACAAACAAGCGUUACACGGCCGAUGACGUGAAGCGACUUAUCGAUAGAGUCCAACAGAAUCGUGGGGAUCGUAGGAGUGUCUACUUAGCCGUUCAGCUGGCGCGAAAUCUCUUCACACCCCAGUUCGGAGGCCGCCCUAAUGCCAGACAGGUCAUUGUGCUGGUCACGGGGGGCCGGUUCUCGCCCCAGAAUACUCCCGCCAGAGCACGAGAAAUCGCCGCACUGAAGCGUCAAGGAGUUCGUGUAUACGCGAUAGGAGCCGGGAGUACUGCGCAGAGACCACAGCUUAUCCAGCUCGCAAGUCGGCCCGAAUAUGUUUACAUGUACCCGUCAUACAAUCAGCUCCCAGAAACGCGACCUGCGCUCAUUGAGACAAUCAUUUUUGGAGCACCCAGGUUUGCUCCAACCAGCCCUGCCACGACAGCCAUAGUACCCAUUACGGCAGCUCCAGGAGCCAUUGAUGUGGCACUACUUCUCGAUUCAUCUGAUGACAUCAACGAUCCAAACUGGCAGAAGAUUCUUGCCUUCUCCAAAGACUUCGCCGGUAGAUUCCCCAACAUCAACCCAUCUGCGACAGGCACUCGAUUUGGACUCGUCAGUUUUGCGAACGCGCCGCGUGUCCAUUUCGAUUUCAGGAGACUGAGUGGAUCGCAGAUCAACCCAAUCGAAGUGAAGAGGCUCAUUGAUAGCACGCCCCGAGAGCAAGGGAGCGACAGACGCAUUGACCUCGCUAUCGGACUUGCCGAGACGGACCUUUUCACAACUAAAGGGGGUGCACGCAUUGGAGCGAAGAGGUACGUGCUUGUUCUGACGGCAGGACCCCAGUCUACUAAGUCUCCCAGCUCGUCCCCUGCUGACGCCUCUAAGCGCUUGCAGCAGAAGGGGGUACAAGUGUACGCCGUGGGCAUCAGACCCAACGCCCCACAAGACACUGUGAGGGGUAUCGCCUCACACGCUGACUUCUCUGCCAUGAGCGAUUAUCCAACAUUGCAAGCCAGAGCAGCGAGCCUAGCACCCGCUGUUUCCCAAGGCCGUGGACUGGUCCGUGAUAUUGUUUUCCUUGUUGACUCAUCGGAUGAUGUAGACUGGCCGCGAAUCCAGCAAUUCACCAAGUCCGUCGUGAAUCAGUUUGACGUCGCUCCAGAUGGUACGCACUUUGCCUAUGCUGUCUACAGCAACGGGGCAGGCGUAGGGUUCUCUUUUCCCACCCAGCUAGGUCCAAGUACGCGUUAUACUAAAGAGGACGUCAGCCGGCUCAUCGACAGAGUGCGCCGACAGAGGGGUUACCAGAGAAACGUACAGAUGGGAAUGCAGCUAGCGAGACAGCUCUACACAGCGCCUUUCGGCGGAAGACCCAGAGCGUUUAAGGAUCUGGUCAUUGUCUCUACCCGUCCCUGGCCUACCAGAUUCCGGCAGUCAUGGCUCUCCGAAGCACAGACCCUUCAGCGUGGCGAAGUAAGCAUCUACCCCGUGGGUAUUGGUGCUGCAGUGAGCCGGCCUCAGCUGUUGUCCGUGGCCAGCAAACCUGAAUAUGUCUACACCCCGACGUCAUACGAUGCUCUUCCUAGCGACCGGGAACCACUGGUACAAACUAUCGUUUACGGAGCACGUCCUAAGUUGGCAAUGACUACACCAGGUACUACUCCUAUAAUUACUACAGCCACGCCACCGUUGCCUACAACAGCGGCCCCUGGCGCACGAGACGUUGCCAUUGCGCUGGACUCAUCUGACGACCUUACCCCACAAAAAUGGCAACAAGUCCUCGGCUACGUCACACGCUUUGUCAGUCGCUUCCCCAAUGUAUCCCCAGCUGCGGACGGCACGCGAUUCGCCCUCAUCAGUUACGCCAACAAACCGGUAGUGCACUUCAACUUUGCUGCGCUCAAGGGCUCUCGCCUGAACAAAGAUGAGGUCUACAAAUUGGUUGGGCAAACUCCCCGAGAGCCUGGCUCUGAGCGAAGGGUCAAUGACGCCCUUCAGCUUGCCCAGACCGAUCUGUUUAGUUUGAAGGGAGGAGCGCGUCCUGGGGCCAAGAGGUACCUGUUGGUGUUCAUGGCGGGUCCGCAAGCCCAGUACCCUGGCUAUACCAAACCCUCAGAAGUCUCAAGACGCCUGCAGAAGGCUGGUGUCAGGGUCUACUCUAUCGGUGUCGCGCCGCGCAUGAUCCAGCAAGAGGUCCUUGGUGUGGCCUCACACGCAGAUGACGUCACUUACAUCAGGGACUACGCCCAGCUGCAGCCCAACGCUGACCGCCUUGCGCCAGCUCUUCAAGCAGAUCACGGUUAUUAUAUCGACCUCGUGUUUGUCGCGGAUUCCUCUGAUCCUACCUACUGGCCUCGAGUGCAGAGCUUCGCUAAGAAUAUUGUGGACUACUUCGACAUCUCGCCUCAAGGGACCCAUGUUGCCAUGGUCACGUACACGACUGGGGCUAAUGUGGCGUUCUCGUUCCCCCAAUCCUUACCAGCAAAUGCUAGGUACACACGAGAUGAUGUCAAGCGUCUUAUUGACAGGGCGCCCAGGUCCCAAGGCCGUGGCAGUAACCCAUUGGUAGCAUUCCAAUUGACGCAACAGCUUUUUACUGUACCUUUUGGGGGCAGACCUAACGCACGAAGGGUGAUUAUCUACUUAGCGGGAGCAGGUUGGCCGGCAGGAUACACAUCUCAAAUCAACCGAUACAUCGCAGGACUGAAGACAUCUCGUGCAGAGAUUUACCCAUACGGCAUCGGGCGCUACGCCAACAGACAGCAGAUAUUAGCUGCUGCUACCAGGCCGAGCUAUGCCGUGUCACUUGACUCUUACAAUGAUCUACCCAAAGAGGAGCUACCAUUGGUUGAGACCAUUGUAUUUGGAGCUCGCAGCAAACCAGCAGCUACCACCGUAGCGCCAACCACUGCAGUACCCCAGAAAGUCCUGGACGUCGCAUUAGUUGUGGACACCUCGACCAGUAUUCAGCCUCAGCACUGGGCCGCCAUCCAGGAGUUCCUAAAGGGAUUUGUUGAGAAGGUGAACAACAUCUCGCCCGAUCCAGACAGCACCCGCUUCGGGGUCAUCAGCUACGCUACUAGUCCCAUGAUCUUCUUCCGGUUUAACACACUCAAAGGCAACCAACUAGGCGUGAGACAAAUACAGGGCCUGCUAGACCGCAUCCCAAGACAAGCCGGACAGGACAGGAGAAUCGACCUUGCUGUCCAAAUGGCAGGAGACGAGCUUUUUAGCCGCAAUGGGGGGACCAGACCGAACGCUAGAAAGGUAAUGGUUGUAUUGUUCACAUCUCCUCAAACCAAAGCCCAAGGUCGUCUACCAUCAGAGGUUGCUAGAAGCCUACAUAACCGGGGAGUCAGGAUUUACGGCGUUGGCAUGGGACCUGAGUUUCCUCAGCCGCAAACAUUAUGGACUGCAUCGUACGCUGAUUACGUCUACUACACGUACUACUACACCGGCCAAGACAGGCUGCCCAUCUACUCACAGCCUCUUGCUGACGGCGUGUUACAAGGCCGUGGAUACUACCGAGACAUCGUGUUCAUAGUAGACUCGUCCGAUCGCGUGAACUGGGACGAGACUCUCUUUUUCUCCAAGUACAUCACUGGUGCUUUUGAUGUCUCGCCAAAAGGAACCCACUUCGCGUACAUCACAUACGCCAACAGCGCCUCAACGGACUUCCACUUCCCUACGAACCUCGCCCCUGACUCCAGAUACGAUCAAGAGAUGGUGGAAGCCCAGAUCGAUUCCAUUAGAAGAGUCAAUAGAGGCACAGGCCGUGAUAUCCGAGCUGCGUUUGACCUUGCUUACAAAGUCCUGACCACCCCAGCACUUGGGGCAAGGACCGAUGCUCGAAAGGAGGUGAUCGUACUGUCGUCCGGCGCAUGGCCAGAUGCAGCAUCACCGCAAAACCCUCCAGAAUGGCGUACCCCGGCAGACCGGCUCAACAGGCUUGCUAACAUGUACGCCGUCGGCGUCCGGCCAAAUGCCAGACAGCUGCAACUAGAGUGGGCAACAGGCAGCCCGGAAAAUGUUUUCAUGGUUGGCCAGUACCCUGACCUUAGACAAAUAUGGAGAGACGUAGUCUACCGAAUCGUGUACUACAAAGAGUUGACGAGGCCACUGGACAUCGCCUUUGCGCUUGACUCAUCAACUGAUAUCAGCAAUGAUAACUGGGCCUACAUGCUUUCCUUUGUCCGUGACGUCAUCCAGAGAAUAGACAACAUCUCCCCAGAUCCGACAGGAACAAGAGUCGGCCUCAUUAGCUACGCCUCAAGCCCUAUCUUACAUCUGGCCUUCAAUUCCUUCAGAGGGGAUCAGUUAAACCUGGCUCAGGUCCAGAGAAUGGUUGACAGGUUGCCUCGACAGCGUGACACCGUGCGUAGGAUAGACAGGGCCCUAGAUACCGCGCGAACUGUGCUCUUCGCAGCUCAAGGUGGAGCCAGACCACACUCACGAAAGGUUUUCGUAGUGCUGUCCGCGGCACCUCAGACAAGCAAUGUCCAAGACUCCUAUCUUUUGGACGCCAGCAGUUCUACUUACGCCAGCGGGAUCAAGGUGUACGGAAUCGGGGUUGGGCCUUUAUUCGACCAGGCCCACACGCUAAGGACAGCCUCCCUUGCCGACUAUGUGUACUAUAACUAUGAGUACAAACAAGUGCCAUCGCUUGCUGCGCCUUUUGCCACUGCGAUACCGAAAGGUGUUGGACGUUACCUUGAUCUCGGCUUUUUGGUUGACUCUUCACGUACCGUUGACUGGGACCAAAUGAUCCGCUAUGUUCGUUACCUUCUUGAAUCGUUUGAUAUUUCCAAGUUUGGCACCCAUGUGGGAUUCAUCAGCUACUCGGACAGCGCCAAUCUUGGCUUUGACUUUGCUUCUGUCGAGCAGCCCAGCGUCAUGACUGUCGGUAAUUUGAUAAACGGCUUGAAACCACAGAGGGGAACAGAUCGACGCAUUGACCUUGCACUUAAGAUGGCCGUGGAUGAUCUGUUACAGACAAGCAGAGGGAUGCGACCAGAGGCCAGGAAGGGUCUUGUAAUCCUUGCGGGCGGUAUGUGGCCUUCUGAGCUGCUUGCGCAGUGGCAGGCGACCGCCGUCAACCUGAGAAAAAGCGGAGUGGACUUGUACGCUAUUGGCGUCGGCGCAGAUGCCAAUAGACCACAGCUUGAAAUAGUCGCCACCAACCCAGGCUAUGUCUUCACACCUAUAUCUUAUCCUGCGCUUACCAAGGAGAGGGAGUCGGUAGUGAGAACUAUAGUCUAUGGAGCCCGAGAAGAACCCAUUAAACCACUCGAUGUGGGUCUUAUUGUGGACUCGUCCAGCGACAUCGCUGACGCCAACUGGCAAUACAUCAUCAAUUACCUCCGCGCUUUAGUUGACGGUAUCGAUAACGUCUCACCCAAACCAGAUGGCACUCGCUUUGGUCUCAUCAGCUUUGCCGAUAACCCUGCCGUCAUCUUCAACUUCAACCGAUUGCGAGGCGCGCAGCUGAAUGCAGGCGAGGUGACGAAGCUGAUUGAUGGCACUCUACGACAGCCGGGCAGCAGUAGGCGAAUCGACCUCGCACUCGAGAGCGCUGAUAGAGACCUCUUCAGCAAGUCGGGGGGUGCAAGGCCCGGAUCGCAAAGGAUCCUUGUAGUGAUCAUGGGUGGCCCGCAACUCUUCAACCAAAAGCGCCCGCUGAGCACGGCGGCAGAGCAGCUCCACCGACACGGCUACCGCACUUACGUGGUUGGAGUAGGAGAUAGGUACCUUCAGCCUGAGACCCUGCAAGUCGCUUCCUACGCUGACUACAUCUACUACAACGACUAUCCUAGAAUUACGACUGCUAUUGCGCCGAGGAUGAGCAAGGACAUCGUCAAAGGUCGCGGAGCAUACCUUGACAUCGGCUUUGUGGUGGACUCGUCCAACACCGUCAACUGGCGCCAAAUGCAGAUAUUUACCCAGUCCGUGGCCAAGCGCUUCGACAUCUCGGACAUAGGCACGCACAUUGGCUAUGUGACGUUCAGUGAUAGUGCAAACAUUGCGUUCCCGCUGAAUGCCUUGUCAGGUCCCGCCUACACCUACGACGGAAUCCAUCGCUUGAUUGAUAACGUUCCGCACAGGCUAGGAGUACAGAGGAGACUGGGCCAGGGUCUGGACGUGGUCUAUGGAGACCUCUUCAGCCAACGUUAUGGUGUACGUGCCGGGGCAAGAAAGAUUGUGAUCGUGUUCACAACAGGCCGUUGGCCAACAGAUCGCCCAGGCUGGGAUAACUCCCUUAGGCAGCUAAAGAAAUUGCAAUACGAUAUGUUUGUUGUCGGUAUCGGCCGCGACUUAGACUAUAGCCACUUGACAGAUGUCGCCACAAAACCAGGCUACAUUUUUACAGCAGAUGACUACCCGGCACUCACACCCCUCAGGCCUAACCUCAUCAGGGUAAUCGUCUUUGGAGCUAUGGUAACCCCACUGGACGUAGCCAUAGCUGUAGACUCGUCCCCCGAUAUUAGCGCGGCCUACUGGCAGUACUUACUCAACUUUAUCAAGAACUUCAUCACAAAGAUAGACAACAUCUCUCCCAGCGCAGACGGCAACCGCUUUGGUCUGGUCAGUUACGCAGCACAGCCAGCUGUUAUCUUUAACUUCAACAGCCUUAAGGGCAUCCGGCUGAAUCUUCGCGAGGUGCUGACCCUAGUGGAUAGCGCAGCAAGGCAGACUGGAGAACCACGAAGAGUUGAUUAUGCUCUACAGACCGUCAGAAGAGACCUUUUCAGCCCGCGCGGCGGUUCCAGAUCCAACGCUAGAAAGGUUCUUGUCGUGAUUUACGCUGGGGCCCAGGCAGCCGGUGAAGUUAAGCCCUUGUACAAUGAGUAUCGUAGUCUAGACCAGUCCGGAGUCACGGUUUACACAGUUGGCACUGGCCGGAACUUCCAGCAACCGGAAGUACUAUGGACUGCUUCGCACGCGGAUUACGUAUACUAUGACUACAAGUACGACAGCCUACCAAGGCACGGCUCGCGACUUGGCCAACACGUCAAUAUGAACCACGGUGCCUACAUGGACGUUGGCUUUAUCGUAGACUCGUCAAAUAACGUCGACUGGCGUCAGAUGCUAUCAUACGUCAAGUCUAUCCUUGGCUCUUUCGACAUUUCCCACCGCGGCACCCACAUCGGCUUCAUCACGUACAGUGACUCGGCCACCAUCGCCUUCCCCUUUAACAUCGUCAGCGGCACCCGUUACACCGUGACGGCUAUCAGUCAGCUGGUGGACGGCGUCAGACACAUGCGCGGUACAGACAGAAGGAUCGACCUCGCCCUGCAGCUCGCCUAUUCACAGCUCUACACAAGUGGCUAUGGAGCACGAGAUGGGGCUAGGCGGGUUCUGGUAAUCCUCACUAGUGGCCAGUGGCCCAGCGCACGCCAAGCUGCCUGGGAACAGGCGGUGAACCAGCAUCAAAACUUUGAUAGAUAUGUAAUAGGCGUUGGUUCAAAUGUAGCACCAGCCCAACUAGAGUCGGUGGCUUCUGAGCCCGGUUAUGUCUUCACUCCUGUUUCGUACGCCGAUAUGAACAAACAGUACCAGACCGUGGUCCAGGUCAUUGUGUUUGGAGCCCUAGUACGUCCCAUGGAUAUCGGCAUCGUGGUUGACUCCUCUCCGGAUAUCACACCCCAGUACUGGCAAUACAUCAUGACAUACAUCCAGGACUUCAUUUCAAGUUUCCCUAACGUGUCGCCCGCUUAUGAUGGCACGCGCUUCGGCCUGAUAAGCUAUGCUGCGCAGCCCCGAGUACACUUCGAUUUCAAGUCGGUUCCUGCUAGCCUUAUAAGCACACGAGAAUACACGACACGCGUGGCGAGGACUCCCAGAGAGACGGGUGCCCUGCGUAGGAUAGACAGGGCCAUUGACAUGGCUCGCACGGAUCUGUUCAGCGAAAGUGGAGGAGCGAGACCAGGGUCUAUAAGGAUCAUGCUUGUGUUGUUCGGCGGUCCGCAUUCGUCAGGGCAGUACCCCACACCUCAAUACGCAUCCCAACAGCUCCAGCAAGCAGGCGUCCGCGUCUAUACUGUCGGGUACGGAAGAACAUUUAGGCAACCCGAGGUGCUGUGGACCGCAUCACACGCGGACUGGGUCUAUUACCGCUACGACUACGAGCAAUUACCGCAGAUCUCCCAGCCUCAAGGCAAUGCCGUCAGACAAGGCCAUGGCGCUUAUCUAGAUGUAGGGUUCGUGGUGGAUUCGUCAAACUCCGCAAACUGGCCCUUAAUGCAGGGAUACUCGCGCUACAUCGUCAACUCCUUCCAAGUCUCUCAAAUCGGAACCCACAUCGGCUAUAUUACCUAUAGUAACGACGCUAGCAUCAACUUUGGCUUCAACGCUCUUAGCGGGGCUGCGUACACUGUUUCUGGGGUCAACAAGCUGAUUGACGGCAUCUCGCAUCGUCGCGGUAAUAACCGGUAUAUCCAUCAAGGUUUGCAAGUGGCAGAAAGGGACUUGUUUUCUUCCAGAUACGGCGCCCGUCAAGAUGCACGCAGGAUUCUGAUCAUCAUCACAAGUGGACCGUGGCCCACCCAGUACGCGAGUGCGUGGCGCGACCAGAUGGCGGCCCUCAGGAUAAGGAACUUCGAUACGUACGUGAUCGGUAUGGGUAGAACGUUCGAACGUUCUCAACUACAAGAGGUCGCCUCCCGACCAGCCUACUACUGGGAGUACCCAUCCUACCCACAGCCUAACGACUACCGCGAGCUGGUGCAAGUCAUCAUCUUCGGGCGAGAUCCAUGCUACGCAUCCGACUGCGCCGAGAAGCGUCCGUAUUCCACUUGCCAAGCUGUUAAUGGCCAGCCAACAUGUGUGUGUAACAAGAAUUGCCCUAGUACCAGUAAGCCGGUCUGCGGCUCAGACGGCAAAACCUACAAGAACGAGUGUGAACUGAAACGUGCCGCGUGUGAGAGCAAGAAAAACGUAACGGUAGCAUCCCAAGGCGAAUGCGUCUUCAAGUGCAAGGCCAAGGCCGACCUGGCUUUCCUUAUUGACUCGUCAGGUAGUAUAGGACGAAGAAGCUGGGAGCGCCUCUUGACGUUUGUCAAGGCUGUCAUUGAUGAGUUCCCUGUGGGUGCCGAUGGGACACACGUAGGCCUAGUGGCGUACAGUACCGACGCAAAUGUGGAAUACCGCUUCAACACCUUACAAGGAUCCGCCGUCACUAAGGCUGGCUAUGGGGCAAUGACAGAUAGAGUGCAGCACCAGAGAGGGUAUACCUUUAUUGACAAAGCCCUGCUACUGGCCAAUAGUGAUCUAUUUACUACUGCCAAUGGCAUGAGGGACGGUGUAAAGAAGGUGGCCUUGAUGAUAACUGACGGACAGCAGACCGAAGAUAAGGGACCAUUCACUCCGCUCAAUCAAGCAGCCCAAGCCCUCAAGAACAAGGGCGUGACCGUGAUUGCUAUGGGGAUUGGCGAUAAUGUGGAUGUGAACCAGCUGACGGCUGUGGCAAGCAGUGCUGAUGGCGUCUAUCAGUCAACAUCAUUCCGUGUUCUAAUAAACGACGUGGAGAACAUCGUUAAGCUCCUCUGCAAGCCAGACCCCUGCGAUGAUCACGUGUGCACCAAGCCGUACUCGGUGUGUAAGGUGAAGGAUGAGAAGCCCGUUUGUGAAUGUCCAUCGCGCUGCCUGCCUGACAAGGAACCUGUUUGUGGAGCGGACGGCAAAACAUACCGAAACCUUUGUGAGAUCCGCAAGGCGUCUUGCGAAGCUGGCACCGAGAUAACCGUCGCAAACAAAGGAGUCUGCGAAUGUAAGGCAGCUGUGGACGCAGCCUUCCUGAUCGACUCGUCUGGUAGCAUCGGCCGGCGUAACUGGGCCCGCAUGCUGAACUUCGUCACUAAGAUCAUCGACAAGUUCAAUGUAGGGCCCGCAGGCACGCACAUCGCCGUCGUCACAUACAGCACUGGCGCUACACUGGAGUUCGACUUCAGGUUCAACGGCAAAACCAUCAGCGCCGCUGAUUAUAAUAAAGUCGUACAGAGUUUCCGUUGGCAGAGAGGAUUCACGUUUAUUGACAAGGCCUUGGUGUUGGCUAACAACGAGAUCUUUACAAGCGCCGGCGGCAUGAGGCGCGACGUCCCCAAGGUCGCAUUCGUGAUAACUGACGGCCAGCAGACGCGUGAUAGGGGGGCAUUCAUGCCACUCCCUCAAGCCUCCGGGCUACUGAAGAGUAAGAACGUGCGCGUGUAUGCGAUGGGCAUCGGCACUGGCGUCAUUAGGGAAGAGUUAGAGUUAAUAGCUUCCAAUCCAAAGUACAUCAAGCAAGCGACAUCCUUCAGAGCACUGGAGCCAGAAAUAGAUGAUAUAGUCAGCGGUCUUUGUGAAGCCCGAAAGUAAAAUGAAGUUCAAGUCUUAGAGAGAACACCCUCUCGGAGGCGAGCUCGGCGCCCGGGACCCUGAGUGGAGUCACGUGACUUCAUAUUGCAAAUAUAGCCGAAAUUAUUUAGAAUAAGAGUGUCAGAUACCCAAGUCAAGGACAGCAGGAGUAGAUAAUUGACUGCAAUGUCUCCAUAACCAAAUAAUUGUUGGGCUUCAAACUGAAUCAUUAUACGUAUUUUAGAUAUAAUAUUCAUCAGCAGAAUAAGCCUGUCAGGGUCAAGAAUCAGAUUUCUUGAUUUCUUUUUAUUUAAGUGGAUCAAAAGUUGACGGGGAAGUUUGAAUAUUUUAUGCUGUUAGUUACAAGAAAACGCUUAGUAUCUUAGAAUAAAACUGAUCAUUUCUCCA